AGAUCAGUACAUCCCACUAUGCUUUGCGAUGGUCUGACAAGUGGAUCCAAGAUGGCGUAGAAAGUAAAGCUAGGUAAGUGUUGACUUCCCAUUUUCAGCCCUUUCAGUUGUCUGUUUAAUCGCAAACCCACUGACACCAAUCCCCUCCACGAAUCAUUACGAUAUUGACGAAUGUUUCAAGUCCAUGCAUUACCGACAACGCUGUGUCAUAUCAGUUAUAUGCGUCUAAACACCGUGGCAAACAUCGGAGGCCUGAACCCGUUUUGUUUCGGCGAACCUAGCUAGCUAGCCUGCCUGCUAACAUUAACAAACCAGGCAGCUAUUCUUGUUGUGAGCUCUCCCAGUUCGGUGCCAGUAAAGGCCGAGAUUUGACUAGUAUGCCAAGUGUUCGCUGCGUACGCCGUGGUUAGUGGUAGCUCUGUUUACCCUGAGCAAACGUGGAGGCUAAGUUAUAACCAACAUAGUGGGGACAUUUUUCAGGGCUUUGUAACGCUGCCGUCAUCGCUCUGACUUACAACAGUCAUGACAACUUAGUGGGUACACAACAGCUGUAACAACCUACAGGGAGACAACAAGUCACUCACAACACUUGGCUUCAUCAGUGGGGGCUUUCUUUGUAUUUUUAAGUAGGGCUCUGAAGAAUUUGCAAGCUUUUCGAGCCGAGGUUUCAUCACGUAGCUGCUAACGUUCGUGUCAAGCGGAAAAAAAAACAUGUCAAAAAAUGAAAGCAGUGGAUGUUGUUUUAUAUAUUUUCUCGACUUAUAAAAGUAACUCUGUUUUUAUUAUUGCUGCAGCAGAAUCUGUAGCGUAUCCAGAGUGAUCACUCCACUUGACACUUCAAAACAAGGCAGGUGUGCAAGCCACCGUGUCGCGCCAAACUAGUUGUUGUGUCCCCUCUGAAGUGUCUGGCUUGCAGGUAUCAACACUGAGUAGUAGUUUGUUCCACUUCUACAAAUAGAAAUGCGAAAAGCAACACAUUCAUUUUGGACGGUUUCUAUUUUAUUGUGGUUUGUCCUGCAUUGAGAUUAGUGCCAUGUUUUUGUCACCUUUGAUAUUUUUUUGUGUUUUCUUGCAAAAACUUGGACAUUACUAACGUUCUCAUAGUAAACAGUAAAUUGUUAUGAAAUGUUCCUUUAUGUUUUAAACAGGAGUAAAAAGAGUAAAUAAGCUCAGUUGAUUUGAUAUCAUUUUACAGAACUAGAAGUAAACUGCUAGUUUGUUAAGGUUAGAAAAAAAUCAAUCUAUUCAAAAUGUAUUCAGUAUAAAGAGCUUUUAACUAACGUGGGAUGGGGGGAGUAAGAUAUACCCAAACAUAUGUAAAAGGAUAUGUUGAUAAACUAAUUGCUGUGAAAACAAAAAACAUUAAUAUGUGAACUGAUUUGGACUCAGCGCCAAUUUUUUUAACCCUCUAACUAAUGCUUUGUUAAAUUUAGCAGCUACUACAAUACUGUCCUCAGGAAAUACUUAAGUAAAAGUACUGGUUUUAUAAAACUACUCAUCACAGCACAGCUACACCACAGACUUACAUUAAUGUCAGUUACUUUCCACCCUGGGUUUUUAAAUAUAGUUGUAAUAUUACCCCUAUGGCAAUAAUCUCAUAAGCUAACUUCCUCUUUAUGCAUUACAUAAUGUUAAUUGUGUUUUUUUGACAUCGUUCAAGAACAAACCCUAAAGGAAACUCUAUGAUGAGGUGAAUGCGAUAACAUUUGACAUUAUGCAUAGAACACGGUGCAUAAUAUUGACACGUGUUGUUCCUUAUCUAAGAUUUUGGUCACAGGAGGAAAUGAACUCCGUAGCAGUGUCCUCUCAUCCUCUGGGGCAGAUGCAAUUAUAAAGAAAAUCAGAGAUUUCUACUUGUCCUGUUUAUGUAGAACAGCUUGUUUAGGUACCUUUUAUAAGAGUUUGACAUUGGUUUUCAUGUUGGGAAAAUAUAGUAUUGUAUUGAUUCAUUAUUACCUUAAAUUUCUGUGGGUGUCAAUGUUUACUCUGGGUAAAAUCAUCAGCACUUUGUUUCAUAUUUAUUGCAUGUCAAAUAUGUACCCAGUAUUUAGUGCACAUUGGCUUGGGAUAUGUCUGUAUGUUGUGAUUAUAAGUGGCAAUGACAGGCUGACCUGGAGGCACCACAAAUUUGGUCAGAGCGUCAGACUUAGAGUUUCCUAUUACUGUGUGUUCAAAAAGUAUCAAUCAAAAUAAAGGGAAAAAAAAUAAUUGCAGGAAUAAUGCGCACAUUUUUUUCCAAUGGCAAAUGCAUACAGCUUUUUUUGUCUCCUCCUGAAGUAGAUCAUGGACAAAGUAGCUGCCUGUUGGUUGGCUGUUGUGGACCAGUUCUCGCAGCUAUAUCUCAAACUCCUCAGGCAAAAGUCACAGUUUGACCCCUAACGUCUUACUUAAUAGAUGUUGUUGGCUCAGUAAAAUAUGGCUAAAAGGGUCUUCUAGGUUUCUAUCCAGCUAUCUGUAGUUCUUCUUCUUAUUAUUUUAAUUAGUAUUAUCAUUAAUGUCAUUGUUGUUGUUUAACCAAGCUUGUGAAUGCAGGCAUCAACGAAUGCUGAUUUCAAAAUGCCUUUCGUCGGCCUGAUGACUCGGCUGAUGGUAUAAAUAAAGUAUUUUGAUUGUGAUUUUGGAACCUUCUAAAUUUUUCUCGUUAAGAUGGUUAUUUGGCAUCAGAUAUUUUUUGGCAAGAUGUCAUUAUUUUUUUUCCUCUUGGCUUUUUUGUCAGAUGAGUUAGUUGUCAUGCUUAAGAAACCAAGAAAGACACCACCUUGAAGAAAAUAAGAUAAAAAUUACUGAGCUAUUGGUCAAGGUUGAGGUUUUGUUGCUGUGAUGUUUCCCAGCAGGUCAUGGUAAACUUCUUAUCUGUGCCGGCUGGUGUAAAAACAGGCAAAUGGUCUCUUGUUAUCUCAGACUGUGGUUAAGUUUCUCAUGCAGUACUAAUCUUGCUUGAAAAUAUCUGAACUCAAGCGAAAGUUCGCUCCACGAUUUCCAAUCAGCAUGGAGAUACCCUGAUGACGUACGUCAACAACAGACCAGCAGAGAUUCAUUCAUCCGGAAAAUGGAGGAGUAACCGAUCGUGACUGUAUGAGACCACCUGAGCUGUACGAUACAACUUGUCUGUGACACCAAGAAAAAAGAGCUCAGAUGGAGUGAGUAGGGAGGUCUGAUGAUCUGUUCACAUUUAGAUCCUCACAUUGUGGUCAACAUCUGCCUGAAACAGACUGACCUGACAUGCAGGAACCCCUUCUCACUUUCCCUUUCCCUCCUCUUCUCUCCUGUGAAAGCUGCAAAGCUAUGCUGGCAAAAAACCCUAGGUUCCUUGUAGAAGUGCUAUCUCUGUAUGCAGAAAAAAUAAGCCAGUAUUGUUGUGUCCUCAAACUACCACCUACUAUGGUGUCCACUCUCCUAAAGGGUUUUUCAGCAGACUAUUAGAUGUGAUCAACUCCUGCUAAGCUGUGAAUGAUCAUGCCUCCUUUUUUUGGCUCAAACAUGUGGAGUGACUCUGGGGAAAACAGUCAGUCUGUUAGACCCUGUGGUUUUAGUCUCUGGCCAUAACGUCUCUGCCCUGCGCUGGUCAUUAUCAACAUAAUGACUACCAACUAAAGACUCAUGAGUUAUCGAUAUGAUGACUCUCACUGAAAAUUUAUCUUCACUUUAUACAUCGAAAUUUAGUUUCUGUUUCACUCAAAGGUGUUUAAUUUGUUCAUUUUGUGUGAAAGUCUGACCGGCCUUAGACGAGGAUGCUGUAUUCAUUUAUGAUUGAUUGAUGAAAGUUAGCUGCUGCUCAGCAAGUGCUGAAGUUUAGUAUCUUAGAUGCAACACUGUAUUAUUUUUUAAGCAGUCAUUUUUUUGACAUUAACAUCAAAAGAGCCAGUAUUUUUUAUGUGGUUUAUCUGCCCUAGUCUUUAUUUCAAAAACAAACCAGUGUAUCUGAAGCAUUUGUGGACCAGGCACCCUCUUAGUGCAUGACAUGCUACUACUAAUAUUACUCCAAGUACUACCACCACUAGAUUAUAGAUAUCAGAUUAUAGCAGUGGUUCUCAAUCCAGUCCUCGAGCCCCCCCUGUCCUGCAUGUUUCGGAUGUUUCCCUGCUCCAACACACCUGAUUCAAAUGAUCAGCUCGUUAUCAAGCUCUGUAAUGGCUUAAUAAUGAGCUAAUCAUUUGAAUCAGGUGUGUUGGAGCAGGAAAACAUCCAAAACAUGCAGGACAGGGGCGGCUCGAGGACUGGAUUGAGAACCACUGGAUUAUAGUCAGUGUGUUCCAGGAUUACACUAGAGCCCAUUGUCUGCACUUUUCUGCUCUCUGUUCAGUCACACAGCUGAAUCCCUCUACAGUCCCUCUCAGACUACAAACAGACAUUAGGAAGGGAUGAAUUUAGUCACCUAUAUGGUUAAACAUCCUCACCUUCCUGUGUGGCACCACAAUUAUUAAUCAGCUUUGCAAAUGAAUAUCUCAUAACCAUAGAAUAGGGAUGCACCGAUCCGAUAUUUGAUAUGGGUAUCGGUCCCGAUACUGAAGAAAAUUCUAGAUCGGGUAUCGUGACAAUGGGCCCGAUGCAUAGGGGCCGAUCUAUUCCAUCUAACUCUAUGCUUUUGUAGUGGCAUCCACAAGUAAACACACUGAGCGGAAAGGGGUCUUCUAUCUUGAACUUUAUCACAAUACCUCAGCCUACAAGCUCGACGACCACUUGUAAUACCUGCGCAGUAAAUGUUCUGAGGGGCAGUGGUAAAACUUCAGAUUACAACAAAAGGUAAUUCAUCGCGGCUUUUCUGUAUCAGAAUUGGAUUGUAUCAGCCGAUACCAAACUGUAGGUAUGUAUCCAUAUUGUAGGUGAUAAAAGCGGAUCGGUGCAUCCCUACUGUAGACCCCAAAAGACAGAUAUAUGUUGUGUUCAAGCUGUAGUGCAGCCACCCACCACUAGCUGAAGCCAAAGCUCUGCUUAUUGGCAACUGCAAUUAUGCUGCAAUGCUCUACUACCAGGAUGGAAACAAACACAGAUGACAGAUGGAAUCCUGGAAUGCAAAGUGUUUUGGCAGUGUUUGGAUAUAGAGCAUGAUGAUGUAGGCUGUGUGUGGUUAAACUGGCAUAGGAUCACUCGACAGGAGCGAUGAGCAGCCAGCACAGGCAUGCACUGUGGGACAGCCCACUGAAACAUGUUUGUCUGCUGCUCGAAAUCAGGUUUGUCACAGCAAAGACGUUAAUGUGUGCUGGCAGAAAUGUAGACCUUGAAUCUAAAAUGAUCACACUUUUCGUCAUGUAUUUAAAAGGGGGUCUUAUUUAGCCUAAUAUGGUUUAUAUUUAUUGAGCAUUUUUCCUGAUAUUUUGGCUGAUGGUAUCUUUAUCUGCCAGACAACUGCACAUGAAACUUUCCAAAAGCCGGCUGAUGUAAACCCAAGUAUCUUUCCCCUGCAUGGGAUUGCACUAAGCUAUCAUACCAAAAUCAAAAGGUACCAGGUGACAGAAACCGCGUGUCCAGCAUAUUUGCAUCUGUUUUACUCAUCUUUUCUGACAGGUAAGAGUCUUGACCAUGAAGUUUCACUCAUUUUCCUCUCCAUACUUUCUGCUCUCAAUAUAGCCUUUAUAUUCAGAAUUAUCAGUCCUGAUCGUGCUCUUAGUCUGAGAAGUCAGAUGACGGCAGACAGUUGACUCCACUGUUCUAAGCUCUGGAGCCGGGGAUGAUAAAAUAGUGUGUCUCACAUAAUGCUCUAGGCCUCUCAUAUGACCACUGAUUUCCCAGCUAUCUGCGAGUAUAUUGAUGUACACUACGCUACACUGAGGCCCAGAAUACAAGCUAUGUCGGAGCUGCUCCUGGAGCCUCGUCCUCUCUGUUGAUUUACGAUGCAGAAAAACCACAUGAAGACAUGACUCUUUGUGAGCAGACAUCCACAGAACAGUGUUUCAAAUACGCACAGUGCUGUAUAUAGCAAAGAGGUACUUUUCCCACUUUGGAUAUGACUACCUGUAAAUACUGCAGGGUGGAAAACCCUCUUUUCAGAGUCAGUCGCAUGUUAGUUAGAACCUAAUCAUGUUGACAGUCAUUCUUUGUGCUGCGGAUUCCUCACAUCUUGUUUCUAAAUGACACGAGGAGACUAAGAAGACAUAACCACUGUAAUACGCCUGCUUUGUGAUUUGUUUCAGACGUCUGUCGUGACAUUUUUAGGACUUAACGAAGGAAGAACUCCAAAUUAAACGGUGGCUUUUGGGUGGCAGUGACAUUUGCGUACGCUGUUAAAGUUUUUGAAAUCAUGUGAAUAUUAUAUAAGAAGGCUCCAUUUUGACUUGGAUUGGGUUUGGAGUUAUGUUGUGUCCUUGCAAGCAUAGAGAGGUGUCCUCCAUAAGCUAUCUUCUUUUGGUCAGCCGUAAGUUAUUUUCAUAACAAGUGGAUGAAUAAAGUUUGGCUGUCAACUAUCUAAGACUGCAAGAGCAAGUGUUGAACGAAUGAUUCUUUAUUGGUAACAGAGAGGAGGAGUCAACUAAGGCCAACUCUCUCUUUCUAUAAUCUUUCCUCUUUGCCUCUCUCUCCCUCUUCCUCUGCUGAGAGAAAAUAGAAGUUAUCAGUUAAUUUCUUGUAAAUUCCUCCUUUAAAGGGUUUGUGCUGUCUAAUCUCGACACAGAGACUUUAAAGUGUAAAGAAAUCACAGCGCCAAACUACACACUCUGUUUUGCAGUUUAAGGUAAAGUGUCUAAGAUUUAGCAGCAUCUUUUAUAGUUACAUAGGAGUGGGUCUCUUUCCAUGGAGGCUGCCAUCUUGCACCACCAUGUUUCUACGGUGGCACAGAAUGGACAAACAAGUAACAUGCAUUUUUGUUUCAAGUGAGUGGCUGCAGUUGGAAGAUAAGAGAUGUAGGCAUGCAAAAAAGUUUUACCGAUGGGCAUUUUUGAUGCUAUAAACUUGACUAAUAGAGGAUCUUUAUCCCCUACACUACACCCAGGACAGAGAAAAUAACCUAUGCAGUCAGAAAACCACACAAAAAGGUUCUAGUUUGAAGGAAUCUGGAAUAUAAUAAUAUAAUAAUCUGAAAUAGUAGAUGCGGCAAAGUGUGCUGGGAUCCAGUUUGGUAAUAAUGAAGAUAAUCAUCAUCCGUCUAAUAAAAAAGAUGCAAAACAUGGGUUAAUGAAAGUGUUAGGAGAUGUGUUUAUACAUUAGCUAGGGCUGGACAAUAAACAGAAAAUUUACAGUUACCGAAAAUUACAUCAAUAACUGACGUCAUUUUGGCCAUUUCAAUAUAUUAAUAAAAAAUUAAAGAAAACUAAUGACUAAUAAUUUAUUAAAACAUUAAUAAAUAAAAGUAGGUUUUGGAUGUGUGUUGGUAGGCUAGAGUCUCAUGUCCCUUUAAGACAGGUGAGGAGACGGAGGACGGUUAAAAAGUUGUAGCGGCUGAAGUAGACAAAGUCAAUGUGGGAGGGGGUGAGCAGCUUGUGGAGUAGUUAUCGUCCAUUUAUCGUUAUUGAGGUGAACUGCUCAAUAUAUAUCAUGAUAUUGAUUUGAGGCCAUAUCGCCCAGCCCUAACAUGAACCUUUAUUAUGUAAAGUCAUCUGUCGAUUCUUUCGUUAGGUUAUCAGACAUGAGGGGCAGAGGAGGACAAGAGCUGGUUUGCUAAUUAAAGAAAAGGUUGGGGAAUGAACUCGUCUCUGUAAAGGGACCAUUGGGGCUGUAGACUGAGAGCCUUUAUUUUCAUCUUAUUUUCACUUUGUGAUCUGCAGUCAUAUUCACAGGAGUAUAGUGGCUAAAUUUGUCCAGUUUUUGGGAGCGGUGCCCUUAUCAUAGAUAAAAAUAGGUUGUAUCCUGUAGAGUCAGUGAUGGUUCACUUUGUCCUUGCAGGGAUGUGAAUCUUUCGUAAUCUAUUAUAAUCCGAAUCAUAAAAUCUAAAAUCAGUUUUGAUUUUGAUUCUUAUUUUAGUGUAUUGUGGUUAUUUGUUUAAUAAAUUCAAAGGAAAAUGUGUUUUGGGUUUUUGCAGCUUUGAUAUUUGAAAUUAUUUGAAAUCUGCAGCCAGAUUGCUCGGCUGAGCUUUCACAUAUCCUUAGCAGACUAACAGUGGAGAAUACUCCCUGACAGUCCACAUAUAGGGGUGCAGCGGGAUGAUGUCCUUCAGUCAAGAUGGGACUAGUGCGCAUGAACAGCAAAUAAUGCCAGCAGUGGGUUAAUGUGAUUCUGACAUGAAUAAGUUUUGUUCCUCCACUACCAGUCCUUCUAGAUUUCAUUGCCUCAGUAAUGGAAGACUCAUACCUAACAACAUCACUUUGGUUAUGAAGAGGCAUCAUGGGUGUAUUUUUCUUUCUAAGAACAAAAAAAGUCCACUCUCUAUGGACAUGGAAAGUAUGUUCUUUCUUCAAUCCCCAAGUCCUACUUCCGAUUACAGCAUCUUCACCUCACACCCUUCUUCUUGUCUUUUUUUUCACCUUCUAGAAGUGUUGUCCCUGAGUCAUGGCGGACAGGAGAGCGGAGAAGUCAUGUGAAGAAGCCAGCAGAUCGAUAACCAGACGGGAGUACGAGGCGGCAGUCAGCCACAGCACGGACGCCCUGGUGGUCCUUGCACCCCAAGCCCAAUCAUCCGGUGCUCCUGUCCCACCAAGUCCUCCAUCCGUUGUCGCCACAGCCGCCGGACCCCUCCGCAGCCGUGUCCUGCUCUACAGAAUUGCUGCUUUCCUGCAGUUGGUGAGUACAGCUGCUCUUUUAAAGCCCAAAACCCACAGGAUGCAUGCUGGGCACAUUCUGUUAGCGUCACAUUCUGGCUCUAUCACACAGCGUGCGUCAUUACCCACUGUAAAUGUGUUUGGAGCGUAGCAGCAGCGUAGUGCGUCAGGACUCAGUACAGGGUUUCUGUGGUCGAUUUCCUGCUAGUUUGGAUCUAAUUCUGUGACUGUUGAGCUUCUACUGUAUGUGAACAAGCGACAUGAUGAUAAACUUGUUUUGUAGGUGCACUCCUGUUCAGUAAAGUAAAUUAUGUUCCACUGUGCUGUGCUGUUACCUUUAGGCAGAGUUUGCAGCUAAAUGUCAUGUUGGGUCUCCAUGCUUGUUAUCCUUGAUAUCCUGAUCUUCUCUGUUAAGAGUGAUGCAUGCUGGACACAUGCUUUGUCAAAAAUAGACUAAGCAUGUAUCUUUAACGGAGCAGCGAAUAGAGACGCCUUUGAGAUGGAGCAGACACGCAUCCUGUGCCCAAUCCUGUGGGUUUAAGGUUUAAGAUUGUCCAGCAAACAAACAAACAAACUGUUGUCUUAAAUUGUUUCCAUCUGCUCUGCUAAGUGGCUCCCAAACUAAUAACCUCGUUAAUUCACCAUUGUGUAUUAAAGAAGGAGCUAAAUUAACAGUAAGAGAAAGUUAUGUUCUGUUAUCUUCCCAGAGCACUUCAAUUACACCAGUCACUCAAGCCCUCAGAAUAUGGAAACCACUUAACUCCUGUAAUGAUAGUGUGAGGGACUCUACAGGAAGGCAGAGAUAGCCAUUCUUGGAGCGUACAUUUCUGACCCUCAAACAGUAUUCCAGUUUGUUUUAGUUUGUUUAUGUUCUUACGUUUUUUUUUUGUUUCCUUCUUCCAACAGAAAAACUAUGAUGAAGCAGAUGAAGACUGCAAACAUGGUGAGCAGCUGUUUAAAUUGGACCCAUCUGCCAAAACUGUGUAUCAAAUUGUCUUUUUUUUUUUUCAAAUGUAGCAGGACCAAGUUUGCUGCCAGGUUGAGGGAAGGCAGGUUUUGGCAUGUCUUGGUCUCAGUAUGUCACAAGAAAUCAAAAAGAUCUAAAAUCUUUUGCAAUAACCUAGCGUGUCAUAGAGAUACAGUUGAAAACUUGUUUUUUUUUUUUCAAUAUCAUUCAGUUUUUCACCUUGAUAGAAAUCUUUAAACCUGUAUUGAAUCAAUUUUUCACUCAAACUGUUCCCUCUGUAUCCUGUUGUAGUUCUGGCAGAGGAGAUGGCCAGAGGAGACGGGUCACUUCAGGCCAGCCUGCGCUCCAUGCUGUUGGAUGGCAGCCUGCAGGAGGUGGUCAGCAUCCUCUCUAAAGCCUUGUAUGGAGAGCAAAUGGUACGACUUGGUGGACAACAAAUGGGAUUAUAAAUUAUGAAUCUCAGUGGGCAUUUUAGAUUAUUGGAAGAGUCACUGAUUGUUGAUGAAAGUGUCAUUUUAAAUGAUCUCAUGCUUCAUUGAGCUCUGAUAGUUUACUGUAUCAGUGCAGUGUAAAAACUAUGAUUCAGCUUCAUGCUUACAGUGCCCAGCAUAAGUCAGUACACCCCCUAUUAAAAGUAAUAUAUUACUCAAUAUCUAGAUGAGCAAAAGUACAAUUUCCAAAGUUUUGACAAAGCUGAGUUAAACAUAACAUUUUAUUUACCAUAAGAUGAAAACAAGGGUGAUAUGGUAACUAAAAUGUAGCUUUGCUCCCAGAACUUUGAUUUGGGUGUACUCAUUUUUGCAUCCUGAUUUUAAAUAUAUAAAAAAAAAAUACUUUUUCAUAUGCAACUUAAAAAAUCUUGUUUGCAAUCAAUGGCCCACAUUUGGGGGAGUAUUUUGUGGAAUAGUCUGACAUAGAAAAUAUUGAUUUUGAAAGGAAACUAAAGGUUUUCUGACAACUGUGAGGGGUGUACUCCUUUAUGCUGAGCACUGUACGUAGAAUGCCAUCAAAUGUAGUGUUUACAGUCUUUUGUAGAUGUGUAAAUGUGGACGCUUGUAGAAAAAGUGCAUAGUUUUUACUGAACAAAUUAUAAACUGCUCUGAUUCAAAAUGGUUGAAACCUCUGCCUCUACACCUUUGCAGUCUUUUUUGGAUAAAACAGAGGGUAAUUUUGGACACUCUCCGGUCCUUUGCUAGCCUGAACUGCUGUCCUCAUACAUGGUCAAGCAUUUUCCUGCCAAAGAACAGCCCUCAAAUCUUCUCUCAACAGAGACACAAGCAUGUGUUCAGAGGUUGAGCUUGGCUCCCAGGUCACAGUACUGUAGUGGCGGCAAUCAUGUAAUCUUGGCAGAUUUCUGUUCUUCUUUCCUCUGAGGACAAAGACAGAGAGGGACAAACGCGGUUCUUCCUCCUCCUGACUGCUUCCUCUCUUUUUUUUUCCCCUCCUACUUUAAUGCAUCACUUCAAGCCUAAACUCCUCCUCAUUCUUCCUCUCCUCAGUUUCGUACGGUAGAUCCUAGUUUUAUAACGCUACACUCAGAGUCAAGUUUUGUACUUUCUCAGCCUUUUCACUCCUAAGUGCAUGCUUAAGUGCAAGACGUGCACUUGAGAAUCAGCACUGAAACUCUAGCGGAUAAAGAAGACUUUAAAUUGCUGCUUUAUUUUGGUCAUACUGGCACUCUUCACUUGUAGUUUGGCAGGGUCACAGUGUGUUAUCUGACCAACAGCUGACUUUUCUCAGAUAUGUUCGAUGACAGAGCGAUUGGAGAUCACCUGAGUUUCCUCUAAACAUACUUCAAAGAAAUCAGGUGGCAAAACCAGGGAGUCGUUAACAGUUUUAAAACCACUAAGCAGUAGGAUAGGAAAUAAACUGUACUUGUAAGGUUAGUAUUCAAAAGCAGAAAAAAAUGUCUGCUGAAUCCUUCAAUACAAGGAUUAACCGAGUAAUAGCUGAGGUUUUAAAAGUAAAAUCAAUCAAACAGAUAGUAUGGAUUAAGGUAAAUAUGUACAAAUCAUGAAACGACAUAAUGGGAGGGGGAAAAAAAACGGAUUCAGCGUAUUUCGCUGCAUUCCCUCAUGAAUCUUUCCACAUUCUCUACAUUACUCAUUGCAGAUCCUGUAACUAUAAAGAGAUCCACCCUAAAGAUGAAAUUACUUUACCCUUUAGCACAACUGCUGACAUUGUGAUGAAUCGGCACCUUUCACUCAUGUUAAUAUUCAAACUUGUGUUGUAUAAAUGUUGAUAUCAGGACCAUUUGAGACUAAAACAAGUGUUUGUAUGUGUGCAUGCAGUACAUUUAGAUGAAAUCACCCUUUAAAUCAGCUGUUUUGAAGACAUGGAUUUUCAUCAACAUUUGCUAGAAGUGCUGAUCACAGUAUGAUGUUAUGAUGACAGUGUCUCUCCUUCUGCUUUCACAGAACGGCAUAGUCACAAAAGACAUGAGCAGAUUAAAAAUGCUCUUCUCAGAAAUAGAGGUAAGUGCUCGUGGGUGCAGGGCUGCCACCUUAUAGUUGUACUGUUGCCCUCCUUUGUUCAUUCCUCUUGGUUUAAGGAAUGAUGGUUUCAUGCUUGCAGGCAAGGGCCAUAGUAAUGACUAAUGGCCGUCUUCCAACACUGACUUAAUUAUUUCGUACUCCUCUGCCCAGCUUGUAACCAUUGUUGAUUUAUUACUCAUUUAUCCACAAUGAGUCCAGCAGUCCCGCUGCUUGUUGUUUGCCUCUGUUAGUAGCUGACAUACCAAUAAUUAUCUCCGUCCCCCCACCACCCCCCAUUAACCCCUGAUUAAUGUCUCUGUCAGGCUAUAAACAGGGAGAUGGCACCAGAAUACACAGAUGACCAGGAGGAAGGUGAGCAAAACUGGAGCUUUACUCCCCUUCAGUACUUCAAUACAAACAUUAAACAUUUAUGUGGUUAGGUAUGGUUCAUACCUGACGGAUUAAAGCACGAUGAGCUGAUUUGAUUGUGUUUUUAAAGCUUUUUUCUCUGUGUCUUAUGACCGAUUGGCUGUGUGUGUUCACAGAGGUCCAAGAUGGCUGGCAGUUCCGGCCUCCUCCUCGAGGAGUCACCAGCAGUGAAGAGUAUACCCUCUGUAAAAGGUACACCAAGCUGCUAGAUAAUUUCAUCAUGUAUCAAAAAUAAUGUAAUACUAAGCACAUCCUGGAUAUGUGUGUGUGGAGGGAUCCAACAUAUCCGUCAUUUCAGAUACAGUCCUCUUAUUUGUCCUUGACUUUGGGUUUCUCAACCUUAUGAUGCAGCAAGUAGGGAUGGGCGAUUAAUUAUCGUUCACGAGAUAUCUUCAGAAAAAUCCUCCAUGAUAAAUAUUUGCCAUCUCAUGAUAAAUACGAUAAAUGCGAUUGUAUGACAUCAGCGUGAGCGACGGACUCGCAGCCAUAAUCUGCACAGAGCAGAAUAACAAACAAACAUGGCCGAAGGUAUUGAAGAAGAUGUUUCUGAGCAGCUCGUUACUGAAUGAGGCUCCACAUCAGGGAUUUCCUUCAAGAUUAGGCUUAGAUGAGUGCAAUUAUGUCUGACAUCGGACAGUGGAUAUGCUACUGCUGUUCACUCUGUGCGAUAAGAGUUUUCAACAAAUGUGGAAAAUGUUUACAAUUUGGGGCUUGUUUGAUGUCAUUAGUUUUCUCCAUUACCUACCACUCAAACUUGUGGUUAAGUAUCUUAUUUGACUAUUCCAACUGAUGUUCUCAAGACAUAAUGUAUCAAAAAUAUAGACUGGAAUUAAAAUAUUUUUUAUCAGUACUUUUCUCAUUAUUGCCAAAAGGGCAAAUUUUAUCAUGAUAAAUUUUUUAGCCCAUAUCGCCCGUCCCUAGCAGCCAGUGUGUCCCACUGCAGCGCCAACAAUUCUCACUGUAACCCUCACUAAGCUGUUAGUUUGCUUUUAUACCUUACUUGUCUUUGCUUUACAUUUACUACAGCAUAUCUGCUAAUUUGCGGUCUAUAAGAAACAUAAAAUUUAAGUUCUGAUCUUGCAAAAUGCUGUUUCUAGGUGUUAUUGGUCGAGUCAAGACAACUAUUUUGUAGACUAAAAAUGGCUUUAACAUGAAAACUUUCAUACAAAAAAUGUAAUUGCACAAAUGAUUAUAGAAAAGCAGCAAAUCCUAAAGCUUGGGAGGCUUAAGAUGCAAAUGUCCCUGAAGGCCUCCUGAUGUAAAAAAAAAAAAAAGGAGUUUAAACUGUCACAAGUGUGUGUUUUUUUUUUAAUUGAACUGCUGCUUUAUCGCCUUUAGCGCCAGUUCAGCACUCAGUGUGUCUUUGCUGUAGGUUCUUGGAGCAGGGUCUGUGUCGGUAUGGGGCUCAGUGUACAUCAGCCCACUCACAAGAGGAGCUGAUGGAGUGGCAGAAGCGCUACGCGUCACGCCUCAUCCGCCUCAAGCAGCAGCAGGAGAGUAAACACUUCACAGAGAACUACAUGGAGACGCUGAUAGAGAAGUGGAUGAACUCCCUCUCCCCAGAGAAAGUGGUGAGUGGGAACAUGCCAGAAAAACUGCCUCAAGGGAUAAGGAAAGCAUUAAUGUUGUACCAAGGCGAGGGUUCACCUCCACAAACACAAAUACGUGUGAUACAGUGUUGUGAUUUCUUUAUAGCAUCCCCAAACUUCUAUAAACCUUGUUUAUCUAGUAAUGUCAGUAUGAAAAAGGAUUGUAUCCGGCAGCAAGCACCAAACAUUUCAAUAUUUAAUCAAGUUUCUCAUAGAAGUAGUGGUUUUUAGAUUUGCUAGUUCACCAAUCUGUUUACAAAACCAUAGUUGUACGCUGUGUUAUCUUCCUCUUGUGUCCUAUCAUUUGAAAAAGUCACAAUAGACCAGAAAGUGAGUAUGCUGUAUUUGCUCAGCAGCACAGUGUAUCUUAUUGAUCUAAUUCUUGUACAUUAAAUCAGUUUACAUAAGCAGUAUUAAGCAGACAAACAAACAAGAGUCAUACAUCGUCUCGGGUUAAGGGGUUAAAAGAGGCUUAGGCUACAUUCACACUGCAUCGAAAAGUGACCUAUAGCCACAUUUUUUGCCCAUAUGUGACUUAAAUCUGAUCUUUUUAUGGCAGAAGUCACAUUGAAUCUGCUCUUUGUCAGUCAGGACUGUGCCACUUCAUGUGCAUAAUCAGAUACAGAACUGUGACAUCAUUCUUGAGUGACAUACCACAGCUAUGUGCAUGUCACUAGCUCCGCUCCAUGAGAAAAACAGAAAGACAGCUGUGAUGGAGAUGGUCAUCAGAGAGACAGUGAAGGUUUUAGACUUUAUAAGUAUUUGGGGUAACACACUAGAGCCACCAGCACUUUCAUUAUUUUGUGCUCAGGAGAAGGUAUGAUAAACAGCAAAAAAAAUAAGAAAACCCAGGUCAGAAUUGGGGACCAUAUCGGUGUCUCGUGUCAUUGUAAAUGUUUUUGUUUCUGUCACUGCUGCUUCAUGUCUCCUUUGCGUCUCCUUCUGAAGUGACAUGAGGCUCAAACUCAACCUUUCAGUCAGGGGAAAACAAAUAUAUAUUUUUUUGUGGUCUACUGUGGGAUUUCAGUUAUCUUCAGAUCCUGCUUGAUGCUGUUGGUGUGGCCCAGGGCUUUAGUCUUGUUUACCUUGUGUUUUUGUUUUUUUUUUUCCUUGAAGGCUCUUGGGAUAAAAUUGCACUGAUGUAGUUUAACUUUUUUUUUUUUGUUUGUUUUUCUUUCAAGCUAAGCGAAUAUUUAGAAGGAGUGAAUGUAGAAACCAGCUCCAGCCUCUCUGUGACUGUCACCACCAAAAAGUCCUCCCACUCCUGGACCUUCUCCUUGUUGUGCAAGGUAGGUAAAACCUUAAAUGUUGAGCAUGGGUAAUAUCUUCAUAACCACACCACUUUAAUGCCAGAAUGACACUGUAAAGUAACAUUGAUAUGGCACACCUGUUAUUAGUAGAUGGUCUUAAUGAGCAUUUAAAGACGUGAUGUUCUGAUUAUCUUCUUUUCUUUGUCUCAUAAAUCAGCCUGCCAGAAAGCUGUACAGAAUCGCCCUGCUCUACGAUGCCCAUCGACCACACUUCUUCAUCACAGGUGUGUCAGCAGGAGAGCGGCUACAAGCGCUCCCUAAAGGCUGCCAGGAGUGGACUCCAGGAGAGGAGACAGCAGGUUUGUUGUUGAACUGUCUGGUUAAACCUCGUUCUAUAAACAUUGUCCUCCCUCUAUGACUGUAUUGACCAAAAUAUCAGACUGGACUUUUUCCCUUGAAGUGGGUUAUUCUCAUAUUCAGCGUUUAGUAAUUCAGUGACAAUUAUACUGAUCUGUAAAGCAGGGAGAAUCCUAAUCCUAAUGACUGAGAUGAGGUGUCACUCAUUGCUGUGGUGCCAGGGGGUUGAAAUAUGGAGAGAGUGAGGGAGCCUGAAGCGAAAUACCACCAAACUACAUCAAUAAACCAACACCUGAGGCAGAGUUGUGUGGAGUCAUAGUGCCAUUUAAAAAAAAAAAAAAAAGUCAAUUCAGCAGAGACAUUUGAAACAACAGCCAAGAAAUAUUUUGCCACAGAGUGUAAUGUCCAAAGGUGACGAGUGCACAGAGACUGUCUAAAUAUAUACGUGUGUGUUGUCCCUGAGUUUCUGUUUGUUUAAUUAAAGUUUAAGUUAUCUCCCUUUUGGUUUGUAAAACUUGUGAAACAUUACGUGCAUCAACACUGGACUUUAUUUUUUUAUUUAACCCCACAGUUGCAGUGGACAACGGCCUGGACCACUGUGUCUACAAGGUGUCUGUGGGCUUCAGCACAGAGAUCUUUGGUACCUUCAGACAGACUGUUGUUUUUGACUUUGGCUCAGAGCCCGUGCUGAUGCAGAGGAUCAUGGUGGACGCAGCCUCUAUUGAAGGUAUGCUAAAAACAAGAAGAUCACCUCUGUGACUUUUACAAAAGUCUAAGUUUAAGAUGUUCUCUGAAUUUUUUUUAAGGUUGAAAUUAUUAAGAUGCAAAUUUCAAAUGCAGGUAACAGUUGGCUAAAUAAUCAUUUACCAGGAUAUAUAUGUUUGUUUAUUUGUUUGUUUUUUGUUCCCAGACCUUGAACACCUGAUGGCAGCCCGACAGCAGCUCUUGAUGACAGCGAAGCGCUGGGACUCUUCGUGUAAGACCAUCGUAGAGUUCGUUCCAAAUGAAACAAUGGCUGAUCUGGAGCGCAGCCUCCUCUCCCGCUAUCAGAUCCCUUUGUCGGCCGACCAACUGUUCACCCAGUCGGUCCUGGACAAGACUCUCACCAAAGAAAACUACCAAGCCCGACUGCAUGACCUGCUCUACAUCGAAGAGAUCGCGCAGUAUAAAGAAGUCAGCAAGUGAGUUGACAAGUUUUUGUGAUUUUUUUUUUUUUCUCAAAUCUCCCACAAGAAACUUUUGGAUAAUGUAAAUUUUGGCACCAUCUUGUGGACAAGGCGCUACUGUCUCUCUCUUGGUUGAGAUUGCUAAAUAUAUCUAUCAGUCUAAAUCUAUGCAGUGGAAAACAUAAAAGAAAAGGCUGCUUUGGGUGUCUUGAAUCAUCUUGUCUGACCAGUGUUUAUAAGCAUUGAAAAAACUAAAUAGAAAGGCAGCAGCACAAGCAAUUUCAGAUUAUUGCAGAAUCUUAAACAGCUGAGAAGGAGACACAAAAUACACUUAGAAAGAAACAACAUGGGUGGAGUCAUUUUUUUUUCACUUUUUAUUUAGAGUUUUUCCUUAAACAUUGACUAGUUUCUGAGACAAGAUCAGUGGUGUAAAAAAAAAAUCCCAUACCUAGGCAUAUGAUGCAGAUAAAUGUAAAAUAUCCAUUACACAUUGUAGUAAUAAGGAAAAACAAACAGGAUAAACAAAUAGACAUACAAAGAUAAAUAAGUUAAAAAAAAAGAAAUGGAUAACUAAAUAAUACAGAAUGAAUAAAUGGUAGGAAAAUUAAGAAAAACAACGGGGGAGGAGGAGAGGAAGGGCAAAUUCACAUCAUGUCAGGGUCAAUUUCCAGCUACAAAGCUACAACUUACUCUGUCUCUCUGCACAUGACUGAAGAUAUUUUCUUUUUCUUCUUUUUUGUUUAUGACCCUCUUCAGUCCCUCUGGCUGUGGGCGAUAAGCACAUAUCUCUUCCAACAUCUGUCUGAUUUAUUUUGACUCUAAUCACCACCAACAUGGCCCCUCACUCAAAGAUCACAGCUACAGCAUGUUGAAGCUGCACAUGUCACUGCAUGUUUCUGUAUAACACACAGAGUUAUGGACCCAAACUGAAGUUCAGCAGUGAAAGUAGAAAGUGUUCGAUUUCAACCCACCACAAGGUGUCAGCCUUGACUUUCAUUGAGGAUGUUGCUUUGUGUUUGUGUGAGACUCUCUGUCGUGGGAGCAUUUAACAUCAGUUUGAGGUGUUUCCAUAGAAGAAGGAAGAAGGGAAGGAAACUGCUUUUUUUUUUUCCUCAAGGCUGAAACCAUAUUUUUUGUUAUUCGUAUAAAGAGUCCCUGCCUGCUGCUCCGUCUCUGUUGAAUCAAGUACGAUCGUCACACUAUCAAAGCAAAUGUUUAACACUUCACAAAGCGACACGGGCAGAGUGGACCCUACCUCAGCACAGAGGAUGUCUGAGCUUUAUUCUCUGCUCUUGGCUGAUCUUGUCAUUAUGACUCACUCUACUCACUCUCACUUUACUAGAUAAGGGAUUAAACUGAGGAUCUCUUUCUUCUGUUACCUGCAGUGUGAAAUGAAUGGACUUGAAAUCUGAAUAAUUUCUCCACUUACUAAUACAGCCAUGUAUGAGGAGAUCCCUGCUCCGUUAAUGACCAGUUAAGCUUCAGCAGGGCAUUUCUAGCUCAGUGGGACUUCCUCUAAAAAUGGCAUACACUUUUAAAUCCCCGUGUGCAAUAAAGUACAGCAUUAACUUGAAGAAAUAUCUCUUAAAUAGAAACAAUCUCACUCUAGAUUUCUUUCUUCAGGUUAUAAAAAAGAGAAAUGUGGACCCUUGAUCAUCUGAACGGAACGGUGGAGAAUUGAAAGUGUCUUGCUCUCUCUGUCAGAUGUUUACCCUCUCCUUGAGCGUAGCCAGUGAACUGAUGCAAAAUCAUAAACAAGAACCUUCAAAAAUCUCUGUGGUUUUGCAUUCAAAUACAGAACGAGCGUUCACUUAUCAGUGUUUGUCAGUCAUCCGUCAGAGUUCAGCACUGGUAUUUCCUUCCAUUUCAUCAUUUCAGAUCCAGCAGAAUCAGAGAGGCCGUCUCAAACAGUAUGGAAGUGAAUGAAUUAUUCCCCUGAAGGGCUUCCAUUUUCAACCCGACAUUAGCUCAGAGUAGAUUAGUGCCAGGGUUUGUAUUUCUCUCAAGGACAAACAUAUAUGAAGAGUAUUCGGCUGUUUUCUUUGGUUCCUCAUUUACACAACUUCAUCAACUUGUAAUCACAGCAAAUAAGCAUUUUGAUUGAACUUAGCUGGAACUAAUUUGAUGAGUGUUUUGUUUCAGAAAUUAUGCUAACAGCUUGCGUAGGUCUUUCCUUUGUCUUUGCAAGAGAAAUUGCACAUUUAGCAUCCUCAAGUGUCAAGACCUGGUCUGUAUCGCCACAGCAAAUCAAUGCUUUCCUUAAUAACAUAGAAGAACAGGCAGCAGUGCUAGUAGAUGGUAUUUGUGAAUGUUAAACUGACCAUGAUUCAAAGCUCAGACUGUUAAAGGUCUGAGGAAGGGCUGGGCGAUAUGGCCUGAGCAGUUCACCUCGAUAACGAUAAAUGAACGAUAACUACUCCACAAGCUGCUCACCCCCUCUCACAUUAACUUUGUCUACUUCAGCCGCUACAACUUUCGAACCGUCCUCCAUCUCCUCCCCUGUCUUUCCCUCUUUGUUACGGACUAGAUGGGGUGGAGUCACGUCUCCGACUUCGGACAGGGUCUUAAAAGGACGUGAGACCAUAGCCUACCUACACUCAUCCAAAACCAACUUUUAUUUAUAUGUUUUUUUUUGAUAGAUUGACAUGGGCAAAAAUGACAUUGGUUAUUGUUGUAAAUUUCGGUAUUGUUAAAUUUAUCGCCUAGCCCUAGUCUGAGGCAUGCGUUCACAGCGCACUUGGAAAUGCAGAGCCGUUCUGUGGUUAGUGUGCAGCUUAAGGAGGUAAAACAUGACUGUAAAUCACUGCGUAAAACUCACAAAUAAUUGAAAGUACAUACAUUCCUACUGUAUCGUGUGACCUCUUGCAACAACUGUGAGGAACCUGGCAUAUUCUCCCAUAAAACAUGACAGUAAAGAACUCAAUCAAAGCCGCCUUUGGAGAUACCAAAAUCAGCCUGCAAAACAACAACAAUCAGACAUCGAUUAACAUGUUAAGACCAUUCGGCAACAAGGUCCCGUUAAUCAGCUUGAAAACACCCAGCGCAGCAGUUGAAAAAUUCCCUCCAGCUCGCUCACACAAAGUAAUGGCAGCGUGCAAGUCAGUGUUUCGGUGUAAUUAGUCAUGGCUUAAACUGGUGAUUUUCUGUGAAGAGGUAAGCUCAGGUCUCCAGAGAUGAAGUUGAUGUGGAAAUGUUAAAAUCUGCAGUUCCAUGAGGCGGGCUGGAAAAGUCCCAGAAGCAUACACCCUUUUUUGAGGGCACACAUUUAGCUCUCAACUGAUCAUGCACUUUAGGAAUACAUGAUUCUUACAGGUUAAAGCUCGUUGUAAAGGUUACUAAUCAGGCUUUCCAACAGUUUAAGAUACAACACCAAAUAAUAUCAUUAUUGCUCAUUAAAUGGAGGGUCUUGGUCUGCUUCAGAGCCCUGUUGGCCUCAGUUUGAAUAAGCAGCUCUUUGGGCGUAAACAUGUGGCAAUAGAGGGAAGCGGAAAAGUCCCAGGGUAAAAAAAAGUCCAAGUCCAGACACACUUAUGUUUACUUUUGUCUAUGAUUUUGUAUGUCGGUAUCACAUGACUGAAUACUAUCAGGAUUUCUUAAAUUUGUGUGCUCUUCUUCUUUAAAAGCCUGAUCACAUACUCUUGUUUGUCUUUCCAGGUUUAACAUCAAAGUGAACCUGCAGCUCGUCACUAGCUUCAUGCUGACUGGCAUCUCUGUUGGAGCGAAGUAUGCCCAGAAUGGUCAGCUGUUUGCUCGCUUCAAACUCACUGAGACACUUUCAGAGGUAACUGAAUUUGGGUUAUUCCACAAAACAACGUUGCUUUUUUUCCCACUUGAAAUUUAGGUUUUUACUUAUUUGUGGCACAUACAGUUUACUGUGGUUUAUAACUUUCUCCAAUGUCUCAUCUCUUUCGUUAUCUCAGGACACACUGGCAGGGCGGCUGGUGAUGACGAAGGUAAACUCAGUUUUGCUGCUGCCUUUGGGCCGUGAGGGUUUCAGCAGCCAGCCCCCACCUGGGGUCAAAGAGCGGGUUUAUGAGGCUGUAAUCGAGGAGAAGACCAAGGACUACAUCUUCCUGAGGAUUUGCAAGGAAUGCUGUGAGGAGCUUGGGCUGAUCCCUGACAGAGAAAUACAGGUACAGAAAACACCAAAACCCAUUCCAGUCAUGCACAAAGUCCCUUAAAAUUUCUUGAAACGACACCCGGGUGAGCUGUAUGAACCGAAACAGAAAGUUUUUCACCCGUGACAUUUCUUACUAGCCGCUUAGGAACAUUUUAGAGUAAUAGUCUGAAUGAGCUCAUGUGAGAACACAGCAGCAAAUCUUCCAUUGAGUGGCGUGGGGUUAGCAGGCGGGGGUGUAGAUGUUUAUCAUGCAGCCAGUGUUCUGUCUAGUUUUAACACUUGGUUGGAAAAGGCUGCUGUAGCUCAAAUCAAGAACAAAGCUCAGUGUUUUGAGCUGAAAAUCUUCCAGGGAGUUUCUUAAGUUCAUGUCUCUGUUUUUUUUUUUGUUUGUUUUUUUGAGAUUAGUCUUUAUUAGUCAUGUUAAAACUUGUCUGGCCUCAUCCAGACAAAAUGUGGUAGUUUCAGCUACAUCACUGAACAAGAGCAGCUCAAAGAUAGAUUACAAUAUAAACACUAAAAAAGGUAUCGAGUGUUGCUCUAAUGUACAUUUGAGCUUUGUUGUAUUCAUGUUAUUUCAUUUAAAGAGAUAUGAUGAGGUAUGUUGGAGACAUAAAAACAAACGAAACAUGCACACUGGCUGAGUCAAAAAGCUCUAUCUAAAAAAAUGCAAAAUUGAGCAGUACUAUGUGAGCAUGCAGGCUUCACACGAUGACAUUCAGUCACUGCAGUUUGAAGUACUCCAUCUAUUUAGUCAGUUUGUAUUCUGUUGUUGUGAAUCGGGUGAAACAUUGUGGCUGCUUCCUUUUGAAACUAGAACAGGAACAAACCCGUCUGCUGUCUUGUUGAGGAUGCAGUUAUCAGUACAGGAACAAGGUGGUGGACCAACAUCAACAGGGCUGUUUGGGUCAGGUCCCCAAUGCUGCAGCCAGAGGCUACACAGCUGGUGUUCAACACAUCUGUCACCGGGGUGGAGAUUUCUUCUCCUACACUGACCCCCCAAACAGAGCAAGGAGAGCUGAGUGCAAGAGGUUUGUCCAGGACAAGCCAUAGUUACAGGCGUGGAGGGAUCAUGUGUCUAAAACUGAAUUAGACUGAUAUAUUAACAGACAUGGAAAAGGCAUACAGAUGAUUUCUUUGUGCCGUUCAUUCUUCUGUUUUCGGAGAUAUUUUAGGUCCUAUCACAUUUAAUCCAUCUCUACAUUUUGACUUGAAGGAACGCAAAGGUCACGGGUUCCCAUUUCGCUUAGCAUUUGAACGAAAGGUUAAGGAGGACAGAAGAUGACCAGCUUUCUGGGAGAAUGUGUGCCUGUCCGUCUCUUUGAGCAGUGACCCCAAGGUUAAUUCUCAGGUUCCCUGAUUCUGAGCAAACUGGCUUUUUACUCAGAGACUCUACCUUAAGCAGCUCAGCUUGAUGGUUUUUCUCCUUUUGGAGCCUGAAGGUGUGCAGAUGAAGCAAAGCUUCUGUGUUAACACUUAUCAUAACAACCCUCGUCCAAUCACUGCAGGGGCAUAAUCUUCUUAUUCUUCAGCGUAAACUGCUCCUGCAUGCUUACCGCUUCAAUUUAUUUCCCUAUCUCCUCGGCGGGCCCAGCAAUAUUCCACACAGCCCGAAAGUUUCAUGCUCUUUUUGUUCCUGCAUAUCUGAGACUCUCCCUCCCUUGUAUUCAUGCCCCUCCCCCCCUCCACACACACACACACACACACACACACACACACACACACACACACACACACACACACACACACACACACACACUGAGCUCACAGUCUUUUUACACCUAAUUUGUGUUCUUCUGUUUCUGUCACAUUUUCACACUUUUAUCCUGAAGUCACUGCAUAUUUUACUGUACACCUGUUUGCAGUCUGUCUCUGUCUGUUAGGUGACAAGUUCCUCAUAGCUAAAAACUGAACUAGGGCUGAGCUCAACAAGUCGAUAAAGCAAUACAUUUCCACCUUUGCCACUGUGCGCACUGAUGCAUGUGUUAGAGAACGAAUACAGGAGCAAAUACACCCAUGACAGUUUUGAAAUACAAGUCGCAAUAAAGGCAAUGGGUGGCGGUAGGAGCCAAACCAUGUGACUCAGUGCACAUCUUAAACUGAAACACACAAGUAGCGUACCUGUUGCUAAAAAAACAGAAAUAUAUGGGAGCUUUUAGGAUAAAAUACUUCCUCAGCUGACAAAGACUGACCCAAACAAGAAGAGACAUGGUCCAAAUCAGCCAAUAGCAACAGCAGCUGCUCCACAGAACCAGUUUGUGUCAUCCUAAUCAACACUUAUAAAGUAACAAGCCGAGCACAGUAACACCCUCAGAAAACAAACUAAAGCACAAGUUUUUAAUGUGGAAUGCAUUUGUGUUUGCGAUUGUUUUCAAAACUGUUAAUUUAGUCACGUAUCUAUGUUGGUGAAUGGAUGUUUUCCAUAUAUCCCAUCUGAAAAGCUUUUAUAAACCUGUGCUCUCAAUAGAUAAUGUAAGAAAAUCUUGAGCUCAAACUGACAUAGAAAAGGUCCCCUUAGAUCCAGAAUAAUGCCACACUUAGUGGGUUUAUUAACAUUGUAUGGCUGAUGACAUGUUACUGUUGCCCCUGUGUUUGCUCAUUGAGUCUCUGUGAUGUCUUUUUAUCAGGUGGAACUCCAGUUCCAGCUAAACAGACUGCCACUCUGUGAGAUGCACUACGCACUGGACCGUAUUAAAGACAACACCAUCCUUUUCCCCGACGUGAGCCUUGUCCCUACCAUCCCGUGGAGCCCCAACAGGUGUGUGUUCCACCGUGUACACCAAUGCACAUGUUACACAUAUGUUAUACAUAAAUCCACUGAUUUACACAGGGUUCCUACACAAGUAUGGAAAAGUAUGGUAUAAAUUUGAUCAAUUUCAAGGUCUUAAAAAGUAUGGAAAAUGAUUUAUGUUUCCAGACUAUUAGCACUGUCUUCAAAAAUAGAAAAGUAGGUAUUUCCAAAAAUAAUUCCAAAACGUAGGGUAUGGAAAAGUAUGAAAAUUGCAAAUGUGUAGGAACCCUGUUUACAGAGGUUAACCCCUCUUUGGUUAAGUUGUUCAAGCAAAGAAAAUGUUGAUUGUCGACAUGUUCUUGAAUGACGAGCCAACAUAUUUUCAUGUCCCAGUUGACUAAUGCUUGCCAGGAGGUUUGUAAAAUUUAUUGAUACAUCAAAUGGUAAAAGGAAGAUGUUACAGUAAUGCUCACACUCUGAUUUAUGCAAAGAGGAAGACUACCAGGUAUUAACCAAGUUGUAAGACAGAAAGUCCUUUAAUGCCUGCACAUCAGAUCAGCGCGGCAAAUACCCUGACAGUGCGACGACACCAAAUCAAUUUGAGGGUUGACCGUAUAUCCACCACCUUGCUGACUUGGCAGCGGUUCUAAAACGCUGGCAGCUUCUUGCGGCUUUGUUUUAUCUCACAGAAGUUGGACAGGUGAGGGGAGCGAGGCACUAAUCUUUAUUGACUCGAGCCAAAUAUAAUCCUCUGAGCUGCUGCUUUAUCUAAGCUCACGAUUAUGAUUGAUGCCGACCUUUGUUUUAAUUGGAAUUUGGAUGAGAGAGGGACUUUCUUUAAAUGUGGGGCCAAAGAGUGCCUUUAGAUGAGUCUGUUGUUUGAGAGUGUAGUCCUAUGCACUUUGCUACUGAUGCCAUAAAAAUGUAUGUUUUUAUUAUCAAACACCUUUUGGCUCUAGUCUCAGUGUAUUAAGCAUUAAAGCUUAUAAAGCAGGGACUCUAACUAACCUUAAAAUAAAAAAGGAGAAAAGACUUAAUUACCUAAUUACCUAAUAAAGAAAGGGUGAUGCACAUACCAUAAACCAUGAAUACCAUAACCUUGUUUCUUUAUCUUUAGUGAAAAAAAGUUGAUUUCUUUAUUUUCUGGGUUGUAUUUUUGACAAAAGUGGGUUAACAUACACUUUGUAUUCAUAUACAACUCCUGUUAAAACAGACACACAAGCACACACCCAUACUCUGUAACACUAAGAUUUCUCCUAGCCUCCCAGUCCCGUCCCAGUUUGAGCUCAAUCAGUCAGUGUUGGUGGAUGUACAGAUGAAGAGGAAGCUGUCCUGGUAAUGAGGACAGUGAUGCCAGGAGACAGAGCAUACAAACACAACAUGCACCAUAACCAACACUUUCAUGGGCACACAUUUGAAAUUGCAUGUGCGCUGCCAUCCUUCCCACUCACUGUUACUUCUUAAAAGAAACACACCCACUCCUUUGUUUAUGGUGGAAAGGUUCCUAUAUGCAUGUCCUAUUUUAAUAUGAAAAUAAAGCCCCCUUUCUGUGUCUUUGCUUCGGCAGAAAAAAAUGGAGUUGGCAUCUUGUUUGCAAAUAAAUGUAAAACUCAGCUAGAGGUACUCUAGCAUGAAGGCGUUAGAUACUGGAGGUGUCAGACAUGAAGUCGGUGAAACCACCAACCCUGUACAGAAAACAGUCAUGUCUACACAAAUGUAAACAUUUCUGACUUUUUUUUCUUUCUUUGGUUUUAAUGUAACUUUUUCCAGACGACUUUUUCCCCUCAUGUUUGUCCUUUUUUGUCUUUCCCGCUGAUCCUACCUCCAGAUUAAUUCACACCUCCAGCCAACCAACCAACCAACAAACCAACUAACUAACCAACCAACCAACCAACCAACCACACCUAUUCCUAAUGUCAUUGAAUUUGUUGGGUUUCAUCUGUAUGUGCAUCCAUUUUCUGUUACACUGUGAAAGGGUUUUUCAUCAUUUCUUUAUCUCCCAAAGUCAAUUUAAUAAACACAGCAUUUUGUGUCCACAGUGUGCAAAGCGAUUACUUGAUUCAUUGUUUCUCUGAUUUUGUAAAACUCCCUACAGGUUGAUCAAAAGAUGCUUUUGUUGAAACAUUCAUAAAUGCUGUUAUUUUCCCAACACCACUCUCAUCCUCAGGCAAUGGGAUGAACAGCUGGAUCCUCGUCUGAAUGCCAAGCAGAAGGAGGCCAUCCUAGCCAUCACCACGCCCAUCUCUAUUCCCCUGCCCCCCAUCCUCAUCAUAGGGCCCUACGGCACUGGCAAGACCUUCACCCUGGCACAGGCCGUGAAGCACAUCCUUCGCCAGGACAACAGUAGGUCUGUAAAGGGUUUUUAUUCCAUCUCUUGUGCACACUUUUUACUGCCAAAAUUCUGUAAGAGUUGUGAUGCUGAAUAAAAUGUCAAUUAAAAAAACUAAAUAUUUAUGUUUAAUGCAAGAGAGUUUUCUUUUAAAGAUUUAUGCUCAUUUUCAAGUUGAUGCUAGCAACACGUUUCCAAAGAGUUAGGACAGCGACAACUAAACACUGAAAAAGACUUUGCAGUGUUAAAUGUCGAGAGAAAAACCUCUCAGCUGAUAAGGAGGAUUUGCAGCAGGCUAGUUACAUGUCUGGGCAUGAAAAGGACGGUCCACAGAGAUGGAGUCCCUCCUAAGUGAAGGUGAGAAAAGGUUCACCAUUCUGUGAGCGACUAGGUGAAGAAAUAGUUCAUUGAUUCCAGAUUAUUACACAUUACCUGGAUGACAGCCUCAAAUGUGACAUUUGUGUUUUGUUUUUUUAACUUUCUUGUUGAUACAAAACGAAAAAAACCCUUUCAUCAGCUAUGGUUCUUCUCAAAAACUUUGUCCCACAAUCCCCUCUAAUGGAAAGUCCGGGAUUCCUCACAAAGAGAUGUAAUUGGGUGUUAGUGACGGAGUGUUUGAAACGGAGUAUAUAGGUGUGAGCAGGUGUGGGUGCAUAGAUUUUGCUCCAGUCAUAAAAGCUUCAGAUGGAGUGAGGUCAAUGCAAGGGUGUGAUUGAGGUGUCAGGGGAUGUGCUUUGGUCUCGAUUGGAGCUCCAGGGCAGUGACAGCCUUGGGUUUGACAUUUAAAGCUUAGGACAACAUUGAGCUGCAAAUGGUCAACUGCAGUGAUUGUGUGUUUGUCUGGUGUGUGUGUGUGCAUUCAUGUGCCUUCUCCAAAGGGCAAACACUGCUUAUUUAUUUUUAUUUUUUUAGACGAAUGUGUUUCAUUCGUGGUAGACAGUCAUGAUUAGUUUGAUUGGCACAUUUCUUUGGCUGCAGGCCAUUAUCUGAUCAGUCCGGUUUUGUCACAUCAGUGGGCUACAAAGAGUGUAAAAAUGAUAAAACAUGGCAGGAUCUUCUUCAGCAUUUUGCAUCAUUAUUUUGCUCCCUCGCUGUGUGUAGAUGCCCACCAGAAAUUCUGCAAUUUCUUGUGUAAGAAGCAAAGCAAUGUAGCAAGCGCAUAAAUAGUUCUCCGGUCUUUAUGAAAAAUGAAUGCAAAACUUUGGACACUGUCCCCUGCGCAGAUGCUCACAUUUUCUUUUUUAAUAACGCUAGGCAUGUUUUAUGUGUAUGUAAAAUGCAUCCUUUGAAAAAUGUAUAGUAAUGUAAUAUUCAUCACUCAGAAUGCAUUUAACAUACUAUCUUUAGGAUAAAUUAUGGAUAUUUUAAAAGCCCAGACAAGGGCGGAUGACCCUGCUGGACUUCUGCUUCUUCUACAUCACACUGUCAAAACAAUGCCAAAGGGGUCCCUUGUGUACCUACAGAGUCAGGUUUACCCAGGAGUUCUUCUUCCACUCACAACAUUCCAGUUUGCAGUGUCUAAUGAGGCAGAGAGAUGUCUCUUUUUUUGCCAUUUUUUUAAGAUCUCUACUGCAGGGAUUGCAGCAGCUGUGUGGUAUACCUUACGCCUGACUCUAUGUGCCUUUUAUCUCCACAGGGUCCUCAUCUGCACCCACUCCAACAGUGCAGCUGACCUUUAUAUUAAGGACUACCUUCAUCCUUAUGUAGAAGCAGGCAAUCCGCAUGCGAGACCUCUCAGGUAGGAAUGCACACUUGGAGGGAAACAUGAUGAUUUGUGGAUGUGCAUUUGCCAUGAACAACCUAAUGGGGCGUUCACACCAAGCGCGAGUAAAAUCAUUGACUUGCUUAAUUCGCGCUAAGUUAGACGCGUGAAUGAAUAGUAUUUACUCGCUUCAUUCGCAUGAAUGAUUAGCUCUAUUCGCAACAAUCAUUUAAGUCCCUUCUAGUGAUUCACACGUCAACAGAGUGCUUAAAAGCCGCCUAUAGCCGUUUAUGCUAAUUGCGAAUACCUUGCUAAAUUCUUUAGAUUUGCAUCGCACCUCUAUCAGUAUGAGCGUCUAAUUGUGUCUUUGUAUUAACUUUACAUGUAAUUCAUUCGCAUGAAUGAUUUUACUCACGCUUGGUGUAGACGCCCCCUAAGAGAUCAUGUGUAGUUUACUGGUGGUUAGAAUCUUGACAGGCUGAGACGCGGCCUCCUCAGAUUCACCAGUAGGCAGCAACAUUUUAACAGCUGAUUAUUGUGUCAAAUAAACAUUAAACUAGACAUUUUCAUUCAUGUUCAUGUCUAAAUGGUAUCCUCCUGUUCUGCUUUAUGAAUUACAUUAAACUGAGUCCUUUCUGUCAUAGUAAUGUACAAACUUUCUGAACCGAUGAAACACCUUAUAAGGUCGUCUUUCCUGUAACAAUUAAAGUCCAUUGGUUUUCUCGUUUCACUCACUUACUCCGUCCUGUAACACUGAAAAAGCUCAAACCGCCUUUGUGUGUGUUUUAGCUUUGUUUCUGUUGUCUUCAAUUGGGUCAUCUUCUCUGUGUCUUGGCUGCAGACUGUCUUGAAAAGUUAAAAAGUUUACUUCAAAAAAAACAAAAAAAAACAUUCCCUAAUGUUUCCAUUUAACACAACAUUAAAACAAGAAUCAGUCCACUGAUACAGGUCCAAAAACUGUGGUUCCACUCUCCCCUAUCUUUUCUCCUGAAGGAAAUAUGUGGAUGUGGCUCACUUGCGUAAAACUUUCAGUUUACGAAUUUAUAACUCAGGGAGGUGAAGUUAACUUAGUGAACACACUUGUCAAACAAAAUGACUUGAAUUUAGGCUCCUACAAUGAAAGCUUGUGGUGCAAGCCUCUCAUCCCUGCCCACUGAGGUGUUUUAUUCUUCUGGCUGUAAUGUAGCAUCACUGUUAAAAGUGCUGCUGCUACUUCAACCCUGCUAUGUAACUGCUACUACCUGACUACCCCGCAGUUACGCCUCAGUGGCACUGACACAGACAAGGCAGACAAGGUAUGAACAAGCAGUAAAAAAAAAAAAAAAAAAAAAAAAGAUGGAGUUUUAUUUUCUAAAUCUGCUUAGGUUUGUUUCCUCGAUACUGCCCGGUCUGUUUUUUUCUUUUCAGUGUGUAAGAAAGGAGUUUAAUAUAACUAUAAAAGAUGUGUCAUUUAAGCGUUUGACCACCUGUCACAGAGAAAAGUAUAUCCUGUUAUUAAAUGGCUGAUUUCAUCCAUGAACUGAAGUCCAGUUAAAUUCAAUCUUUUCUGCUGUGGUUCCUCUAUCAGCCAGGACUCUGUCCUGAUGAGCAUCUGUGUGACACUCACUCAUCUAUACAUCAAGUAGAUUAGUGAUACUGCAGUGCCUGCAGCCAGAAUAAUACAUCCAUAUUAUACACAGAUUGUUGGGUGGCUUGGGGCUGCUUUAACCCUUCAAGAGUGACAGGCAGAUGUGUGCUGCUUGUAAAGAUGUGUCCACAAAGACUGUGCUGCAUCUCAGACUGAGCCCACAGGCAUCAAACUCACACACAGAGUCAAAGAUACUCACAAACUUCUUACACAGCAUUUGUGACCUUUAGUCACUUUCAGUUACCACAGAUGAACCUCUUGGGCAAGUGAAAGUGAUUUAAAGACUCAAGAGCCGUGGCCGCCUCGACAAGUCUGUGUUUUUUCGUGUGUCUACAUUCGCACACAGUCCUGAGGUCAGUUUGGAUAAUCAAAUGUAUCAGUUCACAUGAGCGGGCUGUCUGAUUAGAGUGGAUACCAGUGUGAAUUCAUCCAUAAUCGAUGUAUCUAUACUUCUCCGAGUUGCCCAAUUGCCCUUGGAAAUGAGUGGAUGAGUGGACUCGGUCAUAAUAAAAACAAACUGUGAGUUUCAGGAGGAGAGGGCUCCAAAAUGACAUAAAGAUCUGUGUGUAUUAUUCUCUUACAAACAAAGAAUCAACAUGAAAAAAUUUUAUAUAGUUGUAAACUUUGUCAGCCCUUUGUCAUCUUUUGUUUUUCUUGCAUACACUGAGUUCUUAAUUUCUUUUUGUUGCAUUCAUUGUGUGAAAUGAAGUUGGAGCAUGAAUAAUACUUAUUCCAGCAUCUGUCUUUGAGCUGGUUAUGAAAUAUUGAUGUUGAUUUCCAGAGCGUACUCAGACUGAAGUUGAAGUUGAAUUGUUUCACCGCCUAAUCUAAGGAGUUGUUCUUGUAAAAUAAGUGUUGCCUCUUAUCUGCACUCAUCAGGAUCUUUGUGGGGGUUUUUUUUUUUUUCAUUUUAUUUAUUUGAUGGUUCAUUGCAGCUACAAGACCUUUUGCUCUUGGAAAUACACUGUUUACUGCAUCUAAAUGCAGAUUUAUACACCGGAGCACAGAGAGGACUCUUAAAGUAGCAACUGUUCUCCUCUGUGUGUUGUAUCUCUCUCUCCUCAUAUUCCUUUUUCCAUCUUUCUUUCUCCAGGGUAUACUUCAGGAACCGCUGGGUUAAGACAGUUCACCCAGUGGUCCAGCAGUACUGUCUCAUCUCCAGCACACAGAUCACUUUCCAGAUGCCCUCAAGGGAAGACAUCCUCAGGCACCGUGUGGUUGUGGUCACCCUCAGCACCUCCCAAUACCUCUGCCAGCUGGACUUGGACCCUGGUGAGUCAUACCAAAAGAUAGUCAGACUUUUCAAGUUUGAAGGCUGCCUGUAAAGUGCUGUGGGAAAAACGCUUUGAUGGUUCUGUUUGAAACCCGAUGAUACACUGGGUUCAUGGGGUUUUUUCAGGUACUGAUAGUUUGGUCAAUGUUCAGCAGAUUGUUCAGCGAAUUUCUGCAAUAGCAGCAGUCAAAGUUUUCUCAAUUUCAGGGAGAAAUCAGGACAUUCAGCGAAACGAUUUGGAUUGUAGAAAAGACAUUAUGAGGAAACACAGGUGGAACAAGCUUUUCAAAAAUCCACUCUCUCUCACUGUCACUCUGUCUCUCUUUCACUCUCACUCUCUCUCCACAAAAACAAACUUGCCCCCUAUUCCACUGCAGUGAAUUAUAGCCAUUUUUCGGUACAGGCAGACACUGUGGCAUCCAUAAAUAUUUCCAUGCACUUGAGUCACAGUGUUAUAAAAAGCAAUAGCUAUCUUAGGAAUGUGAAUAGGUGAGUAUUUAUUACAAGUCUAUGAUAUUUCACCCUGUGGGUAUUAAUCUGUAAAUUUAUUCAUAUACUUUUUACGAUCAUAACUCUGUGCAGGUCAACGCAUUCGGUCUCCAGCUCCUUGGUUGUCCCCAGAGGCUCCAAUAUUCGUUGUUGGCAGGUGCUCUCCGCGUAGAGAGGAACAGAUCUCAUUUAAAUUGUGUAAAAGACAUAGAAACAAACCGCUCUGUCAUUGUGGGCUAAUAAGUGGCUCUAAUGUGUCAGCAGAGGGGGCUUUGUAUGUUGCCUGGGAACACCAUCUGCCUGUUUCUAAUGUACUCUACAUCAUUAGCCCUGCUCCCCGCGUUUCAUCUUUUCAGCUCUCCCGGUGUUCCACUGUGAUGAAAAUCACCAGCAAAUGAGGCAGUUGGGAGCAGAGAGUCGUCUAAGUAGCAAUAAAAAAUCUCCCCACCCCCUAAAAAAAUUGGUUAAGCUUUUAUAUGUCUGUUGAUUUUCUUCCUUCUGGAUGACCUAGAUCUGGAGUUUGCAAGAGGAAACGACAUGUGGUUUGGAAUAAGUUUCCAGUUUGAAUUCUCUCAACAGGGACAAGGCUUUUGAUUUUCAGUUCUGCUCAUAUCUGUGGUCAGGCUGGUGUCUGGCUCACAUUUGAGGUAUCUUCCCCAGUGUCCUUAGAUAUCUCCAGCUAUGCAUGCCCUCGUCUUAUAUAACCCCCAUCCAUUAGUUGUAGCUAUCGCAUUACACAUUUGUUUGGAAAGGAGCGUAAUAAACACAGCCUCACAUUUGGCCCGUUAUGUCGUCAGCUGCCCACUCAAGGACUUUUACUUUAGUUGUUUGUCAAGCUAGGGUCUUAAACACCCCGACUCUAUUUUAUGACUGAUAAUAGCACAGAAAAUAGACUCUAAAUCCACUUAUGAAGACCAGCAGUCAGAAUUCAAAAUGGCAUUUCUUUUUAAUGUUUGUCUUUAAUGGCGUGGAGUUCAGAUUUUUGAGCUAUUGUAGGAUUAGCUGCCUUCUUGUAAUGGGCCUGUUGGUCCUGGAGGAGCGCGCCUUUAUAGACUCAGGUAAAUAUUGAUCUGUCUGGAGGAUGUUACAGGUCUGAGUCUUUAAGAGUAACAUUUUACAUGGUCUGACAUGCAGGAAGUACAUCUAAGGACUGUGUAAAAAUGUUACUACAUCUUAUUAAGAUUUUUGAAAUCCCUUUUUCAGAUUUUCUUUAUAUAGCGCCAAAUCACAACAGUCGUUGUCUCAAGAUGCUCUCCAAAAAAGAGCAGGUCUAGACCACGCUCAUUGUUUGAUGAAUUACCAAGACCCAACCUUAAGAUGGGACAGAUUUGACCCAUCUCGUCUAACAUGAAUGACAGUGGCAAGGAAACACUUCCUUUUAACAGGCAGAAAUUUUGGGCAGGACCUAGACCCGUGUUAGACAGCCACCUCGCCGCUGCUGGGCUGGGGAGAAAUACAGAGAGAUAGGACUGUUACGGACUGGAUGGGGUGGAGUCUGAUGUAGGACAGAGUCUUAAAGGGACAUGAGACCAUAGCCUACCCACACACAUCCGAAACCAACUUUAAUUUUUUCCUUUUUUUGACACAGAAUAUACCAAUAUGGGCAAAAUGGCAUUGGUUAUUGUUGUAAACUUGGUAUAAGCAAAUUUUCAGUUUAUCAUCCAGCCCUAACCUCCAGUAUUGCAAAUGCACACGUAGUAGAGCAUUACAGCAUCGUAGCAUGUAGCAGUCCCUGUUAGCCAGAGCAAAAGCACUGACGAAUGUCUGGUGUCUUUAGUUGACUGAACAAGAAGACACUGAACUUUCGCUGCCCAUCAGCCCAGACCUCUUCACAUACACAUCACAGAUUGUUAGAAUUCCUUUAACCUUGUGAAGAGGCUACAAAAAUGUGUGAGACAGCUGUCCCCUAAAUCACUUCUGAAGCUUUGCGCCCUUGUGUUCUCCCCACUGCUGAUUAUCUCUCCACUGUCUGUCAGUUUUUAUUAUUGUUGUUUCAUAAUUCAAACACCAUUUUUUAGCACAGGGACUGAUCGUGACUGUAGGAAUCUAAUUUGGCCCUCUGCUUUUCAGGCUAGGUUCCCCUAAGGCAGCUAGCUACUCUAUGUCCCAGGUGAAACAUUAAGGCCCCAUGUUACUUGAUGUUGCCUUUUUAUCUACUUGGUCCUCAUAAAGACCGCCUGUCUCUACCUCCCGCCUCUCUCCUUAUCUCCACUUCCCUGCCUGGGGAAGCAUUCUCUUUUGUAAUGACCCAUGUACAUCAUUUGUGAGCGUUUGUGGCUGUUACAUAUUCAUGUGGGUCAAAGUAAACGAGCAAGAAGGCAGGAUGCAGCGGGGCUCCUGUUGACUUCCAUUUAUAGGACGGGUCAACCAAAGUGCCUGGCCUCAAUAAUUAACUAUGUGAUAUAGAGGUUUGCGCAUCAACAUGGCUCAAAGAUCCUUCGGCUGCAUCCUUGUUUAAGUUUGUUUAUCAUAGGAAGGAAAGCACAAAACAGGCUUUAAAUGAUGUUUGGAACAACAUUUCGUUUGCCCUGAAACACAGUGAAUCAGUGCACAGCUCUGAUGAUCAUUCAUCAAAUAUACACGACUCUGAGAUUACUGAAGUGAAUGAUUUAACCUAUAUGGUUACUCAUGGUCAUUUUAAGCGCAUUACACUCGCCUUGAGAAUAAAUAUAACCUCUUACCGCUUGCAAUCUCUCUCUACAAACUGUUGAUGUAAGAGCUCAUUUUUACUGCUUUAAAUAACAAACUUCAGCAAGGGAAUCUUUUACCAUCUAUCUCUCUACUAGAUAUCACAAAUAUUCCCAUAUCUACACAUUGCACUUUUAAGAAGACACAAAGUUACAAUCCAUUUUGCACCUGUACAUCUUUUUUUUUGUUUCUGUAAAAUUGCUUUAUAACUCUAAAAAGACUUUUCUGACUUGAGAAGCUAGAACACAUAAACACAAUUAUACAGUUUCUGCUGUCAUGUACGCAGAAAUAUGCUCCAUGUUUACAAAAUUUGUACGCCUUGUUAUCAGCACAGCAGCGGGUGAGCACUGCUAGCAAAUCCUUGAGUGAGGCGCACCCACAGUUUAGAGAAAAUAUUGGUUUGAGGCUUGAGAGGGAAAAAAAAAAUCUAUGUGUUUUGCAAGUGUUCGUUCAAAGGCAGAUACUGAAGAAUGAGCGUCGCCUCAAAUCAGACUGCUCCACCUCUUUUUCUUUUGCCAGCCCACAUUUCUGCGGUUUGUUUACUUUUUGACAGUCCUUAUUCUUAUUUUGUUAUUUUUCCUGACUGUCAAAUUUCAUCACCGCGCACACUUUCCUGUGGAAAAGGCAUCAGAGGCUAUUUGCUGGUAGUUAUGCAGCCUCGCUCUCCACCACUACCUGCUCCAGCACUCAUUUGCCAUGCCGUUUCAUCCCCUCCCCUCACUCUGCCGAGCAGCGUUUGAGCUUUUUAAAUCAGGGUAAGGCUACCGUUCAAUCCCUUUCAAAAUCAUCCACAAAACCCUGCCUUUGGAUCGCAGGGCUGGUUAGGACAAUAAAGCGACUUGGAGGGUGACGCAUUAGUGACAGUUACAGGGUUUUAAUGCUCCCAGUGAACUAAGUUAUUGUUCAUAGAUGUGCCACUGUAAGGUCUGGUUACUUGUAUGAAUCAUCCUGUUCAGUGAGAAUCAUUGGGCUUUGUUACGGCUUUGAUUUAUUUUGACAACCAUACACACCAUAGAAAUGUUUUCUACAUGCAUCCACAAGAAUUUCUACAUCCAACAGACACUGUGAUCUGCAUAAGUCAUAUCUUAGCAGCUUGUUGACAUAUUAUUCCUGAAGCAGAACAGCAGUUAUACCAGACAGGGUUCCUACGCAAUUAUGGAAAAGUAUGGAAGUAGUUUGAUCAAUUUCCAGGUCUUAAAAAGUGUGGUAAAUAAGAAAUAAAGUAUAGGGAAAUAUUCAUGUUUCCAGAAUAUGACCACAGUUCAAAAAUCCGGUUUUCUAAAAUUAGAAAAGUAGGUAUUUCAAAAAAUAACUCUAAAAAGUAGGGUAUGGAAAAGUAUGGAAAAUUCCAACUGUGUAGGAACCUUGACCAGACAAAACUUUUGGCCAAUGUUCUUGGUCUCUGUAGUUUUUGUUUCUAAAUGUUACUGCCUUGUUUUCACUCUUGAUGCACUCUCGUGUUUUAGAAGACACCACAAGCACAGAUUUAAUGCCUUGCCGUCUUAAACAGAUAAAAUUACAAUGGUAAAUCAUAAAAACUGCUAUCAUGGUUGGAAAAUGGAAAACAAAUGGUGAUUCCCAUUCUGUGGGUCAGGGUGCAUUUUAGUCUAGUUGUAUAUAUUGAAUCUUCAGUUGAUGUAGACAGUUCAACGUUAUGUUGACUGAUGUUUUUCCAUUGUGUUUUUGCAGGGUUGUUCUCUCAUAUCCUGUUGGAUGAAGCUGCCCAGGCCAUGGAGUGCGAAACCAUCAUGCCUUUUGCUCUAGCAAGCAAGACCACCCGCAUUGUGCUGGCUGGAGACCAUAUGCAGGUGAGCCCUGAAAACUCUUACCGACAGAAAAAAAGAAAAAACAUAUAAAAAUAGACAAAACAUAUAAUGACCAGUGUCAGGUUUAUAAAACAAAGAGUUAACAAGACGUACAUGAGGAGCUUGUGCACGAAAACCAGGAUAAUAGGUACUCUAUAAAUGUGGACAUAUUAAAACAAGUUGGAUGGUUAAUGGUUCUUUAAAGGUGAAAUUCACAAGUCAAGUCAAAUUUUAUUUAUAAAGCACCUUUAAGUAGACAGCUGUCAAACAAAGUGUUGUACAUGGGCUAAGUAAAAGAAGUAAAUAGGUAACAAUAAAACAAUAAAGUUAAAGACAGUGGAAUAAAAUACAGACAGCAAAAGAAUAAAAGCUGAAGUGCCUAUGAUUUGUGUGUGCUCAUUUAUUAAAUGUAAGGGAGAAAAGGUGGGAUUUUAAGGAUGCUUUAAAAGACUCCAGGGUCUGUGAGACUCAUAUGGCCAUAAUGUCCUUGUGGCACUGUUUCCUGUCUUAAAGCCCCCCACUCUUAACGCCACUCGGUCACCCUGGCAGCAGACACCUCUUCAUACACCCACUUAGCUGGGCGUACAGAUUAUUGUCAUUAUUCCUCUGACUUUGGUCCAAUUUGGGGUAGCGUCAAACUGACUGAAGCCUCCCUCUUGGGUUUUAUCUUUUGAAACCAUCAGCUGGAAAUCAGCCUUUUAUCAUAUGCAGUGUGGCUCGAGCUCCAGUCCGUUUCAUUCAGACUCAAAGGCGGAAGUUUGGGUGGGCUUAGUUAGGCAACAAGAACCCCCUUUAUUAAAAGAAUAAGAGCACAGUCUUUGUGCUGCACAGUUAAUAGGAAAAGUGAGUGUCAGUCUCCUGUAUCAGUUUCCCCCCCUGCUCUAUAUUCUUGAAUACUUCAUUUCUUUUGGCUCUACUUUUUAUUCAAUAUUUUAAUAAUUUGGCAUUUUCUGCCUGAAAAUCAGACUGAAAUGUUUUAUAAACUAUAAUGAAAAUGUUACUUCCAGUCACAUUAAACAUUUUAUUCAAUGUCAUAUAUGUGUACCAUUUCUCACAGAGAAAGAAGUGAAAGAGGAGGAAGCCAACACCUUGCAAACAUAGCUCACACUCUGUAGGUUUCUUGGGCCAUUAACUACGCUGCUAUUUUAAGCUAUGUCCACUUUGCAGAUCAAAUCUUCUCAUUUCUUUCACAUUUGAUUCAUUAUUCAUGAAUCAAAUUUCGGCAUCUGGUGAAAUCAGACCCAUUUUGAUCCCAGAGUUAGUGAAGAGUCCAGUCUAUGGGAUGGGAUGAUUAGAUAGUGGAAACAUAAUAUCAUUUAUGCUGUCCAUGUAUCAGUGAUAGCUCACUUUAAACGUGAGUACAGACUUGAGAUUUUGUGACUAUGUUGGUCUUUAAUCAGCAAGCUAUUUGUUAUCUGUGUCCCCUAAUAACCCUGACUUAAAAACAUAUAUACAAGAUAGUGUUGUCAUCUAUCAUUUGACAACACAGCCUCUGAAAGCAAAGCCCUAAGGACCUUAGCCCAACCAGUAAAUCAAGAAGCCAGUUGAUAUUUGUGUUGAGAAAUGGCUCCUUAAAAGCAGAAUAUCAGCUCCAGUUGUAUUCAUAGACAUAAAUGAAGUUGAAUCCUUGUUGAAUGACUUCCUGAUGGAUGCCGGGGUUGCUUAACAAUCCAUACAGACUGGGAUGCCAAGCAGUCUAAGCUCUCUCUGUAUAGCGACCACAGUCCUAUCCCAGCCAGCACAUAAAAAAUACAUUCAUUAUGAUAAUCCAAAUGAAACCUGACAUUUAAAAUGCAUGUGAACACGUUAGUCUGACUGAAAUCAGACUUACAAACCUGGAUUAGGGGUGUCCCAUCCCAACUUUUUUACCGCCGAUACGAUACAGAUAUUGUAGCCUUCAGUUUUGUCUGAUACCAAUAUUGAUCCGAUAUUAGCACAAACUUUUGCGUGACCGGUUUUGCACUCAGCUGCAAUGUCUUUUCGUACUUUGAUGAAAAAUACUGCCUGUAUCAGAAUGUUGAUAUCAGAGAUUUUAGAUGCAGGCAGAUAUGAUCAGAUAUUUUAAUUUUUGCUGAUACUGUACCAAUAUCAAUAUCAUAUCAGGACACCCCUAACCUGGAUGACAUGAUAGGAGAUCGGUUUUCUCUGUCAUGUAUACAGCUCAGUCACAUGGAAACUGGCCCAAGCAUUCAGCAUGCCCAAGUGUUUGCACGCCAGGCUCUAAGCCAGUGGUUGAAUAACGUGGAUGCGUUGCUAGGAUGCCGUUUAAUAAACAAAAACCUCGACUGUCAAAUUGUGCGAGCAGAAGAAAUCUGACAACUGGAGUGGUGGGAUUGUCACACAUUUAACUAACAAACUGACUUUGUCCGUGUGUGAAUGCAGUUAAGACGCAGUUUUGUCGAGUAGGAUAACAAGCACGAUUUGCCUUGUGCCGGGGAUAAAACUCAACAAUUUCCUACUUGCUUCUGUAGACCACUUGAGCCAAGGGUAACACAAAUAUGAACUUCCAUCAAUCAAGUUUUCCGAGCCAACACAAGGGAUUAAAGCCAUCUGUUCCACUGUCUUGGUUUAGACAGGGCACAGGAUUACAGAGAAGAAAUGGAUGAAGACCAGGCGGAGGUCCAUCACACAGUCGUUACUUUAAUCGCUGGAUUUUUCUUUUUUGCUUCUGGGUGAAAAAAUGAGAAAAAACUGUAUCCAGCUGUUUAUUUAUCUAUUCUGAGACUUUUUUUCUUCCAUUCACAGCAAAGUCUGAGAGUCUUGUUCUUUGUACUCUCCAUCCGCUCACGUUUUCCAGUCUGCUCUCACUCUGACAAUUUACCUCCUUUGUUAGAUGUGAAUGGUCACUGAAGGCUAAGGCCUCUAUUGAUUGUUGCCUUUCUUAUUGACCAUGUGGGGGCUCAUUAAAGGUUGCUGGACCUCUUCCACCGCCUUACUUAAAUGACCGUUCAGACCAAAGAUAAAUCACUGGGCUCUUAGAUACCGCUGCUUCAGGGCAGAAGAGUUAUGUGACUGUUAUGCCUCAUCUGCAAUGUGGGGCAAAGUCGAUCCUCCUUCAGGGCUGGAACGAAGAUGGUGGCGAUGGUGGCUCAUUAUAUAUAUGUGCGUAUGUAGUGUGUGUUUAUGUGGCACUCUCUGUGUUGUGGACAAUACAUGACACACUGGGACACAAAUAUUCCACUGUUUCAGGAUGCAGUGUGUGAAAGCACACACCUGUAGUGAUGACAAAACUUUGUUUCUGCACUGUUGAUGUAGUUGCAUUAUGUCAGAGGCUGCUGUCUUGAGCCGAAAAACAUACAGGAUCCAUAUUGAGCGGGUUUCGUAUUCGCUCCGUAGAGCAGCCCUGGGUAUCACAUACAGGAUGUGUAUUUGGAGCGUGGCAGCAGCGUACUGAGCUGGGCUCAGUAUAAAGAAAACAACAUGCUCACAACAGGUUGUUUUGCCUCUCUGUGGUCCAUUUCCUGCUAAUUUGGAUAUAAUUCAGUGACUGUUGAGCCUCUACGAUAUGUGAAAAAGCAACGUGAUUUUGCAGUUUCAGUUUUUGCAGAUUUACUCAUGUUUAGUGAAGUAAACUAUGGAACAAUAUUUCGUUAAAUAAAUAAAUACACUAAUAAAUCCAUAACCUGGAUUUCCCAUCUACACAGACUGAUACACAGUCGGGAGUUCACAUGUUCUGGAUGACAUGCAUGGUUUUUGUGCUGACUUCCUGUCUAGAACGAUCUUCCCUGUGUAGAUCGACGCGUAUUAGAAGCGUAUAGCAAAAAAAUAGACUCAGCGUGUAUUUUUAGCAGAGCUGUGCUCGAUACACUUCUGAUACGGAGCUGCAACGGAGCUGAUAAGCGUCCUGUUUGUGAAACUUCAUGGAUUAGAAUGGCAACCUAUGCUGACGUUACGGGCUUAAUACAGAUCCUGUAUGUUUUAGCCUUUACACAUAGCAGUAGACAGAGGGGAAGUGGCUCAUUUGAAUUACAGUUCUUUGGAAAAAGUCACAGAGUCUGCUGCCUUUAAUCCAACAAAAGAAGAAUACACAUAAAUAGUCAAGUCACUAAUGUAAAAACUUGAAGAGAAUCAAAUUCCUCUGUUUUGUGAUUGCAAAGGUCAUUGCGAUUGCAGGUCACACUGAGAGAGUAAUCUUUGCAGAACGGUCGCCCUCUGUACAAACACAGGUAGCUCUCACAGUUUCUGAUUAAUGGAGUAACGUCUGUAUCCUCUCAGUGAACGAGGAAUCAUCUGCACUGGGGUCAAAUCUGUCACCUCUAGGUAGGUUUCACCUCUCCCCUCAGUGAGCAGCUGUCUAAUAUUCUAUUAAUUUUAUAUUUGAUAUUUCCUUACUUCAUAUUUACAUUGUGUUUCUAUGUGGUAAAUAACACAAGAUAUAAUAAAUUCCCCACAGUUUUAAGAAACGAGGCAGGAAAGAUUGACAGUCGAGGGUUUUCUUCAACCUGAGGUGAAAGAGAAAUCAAUGCAGGACUUGUUGAAUAACUUGGUUCAAGACAGUCUUGACUUGGGUUUGCCAUGAGCUUUAACACUAUGUGGUGUAACUCGACUUUUGAUUUCCUAGCUGAAUAGUAAGGAGAAGUGUUGUGGGAGCACUGUAAGCAGGCUUUGUCAUACUCUGACACUAACAGCUCUCUAUCUUUCUCCCUCCCUCCUCUCUUUUCUCUGUGUGUCUAUCUGUCUGUCUCUCCAUUUGCAGCUGAGUCCAUUUGUGUACAGCGAGUUUGCGCGGGAGCGUAACCUGCAUGUGUCACUGCUGGACCGGCUGUAUGAGCACUACCCCCCUGAGUACCCGUGCCGCAUCCUCCUGUGUGAGAACUACCGCUCCCAUGAAGCUAUCAUCAAGUAGGUGUGAGCCCUCAACACUGCCUUGUGUCAAGAGCUGUGGGUGGAGAGCGAGAAAAGGUGGAGGAAAAGAUGAGUUGUGCUGGAGGAGAGGCGGUGGGAGGAAUAGGUCAGGAGGAAAAGAGGAAAUUGUGGUGAAGGGCUGAAAAGGGAAAGUGUCUACAGGGGAAAGUGGAGCCAUCAAGGUGGUGCUUGGGCUGACAAAAGCUCUGUGACAAGGGACUGUGUGGGUUUAGAUGUUUGGAUGAAAGGAUUUUUUUUUUUAAAGUUAAAACAGAAUUAAUAAAGGAUGUGGAUGUUUGGCAGACCCCGGGGAAGGACUGCACUUUUGAAAGUUACAGCUGCAAACAAUCUCCACCACCGAGAUACUUUACAAGUUAACAGUAUUGAAGUCAAAUUCUUCCAGGUGCUUUCAAUGUUCAAUAGGCAGCAUUUACACUGACUACACACCAGAAAACUUUGACCGUCACUAAGGGAUGGGCGAUAAAUUAUCGUUCAUGAUAAAUCAUCAGAUAAAUCCUCCAUGAUAAAUAUUUGCCAUCUCAUAAUAAUUAUGAUAAAUGCAAGUUGAUGACGUAGGCGUGAGCGACAGACUCAUGACCAUAACCCGCACAGAGCAGAAUAACAAACAAACAUGGCCGAAGGUAAUGAAGAGGACAUUUCUGAGCAGCUCGUUACUGAAUGAGGCUCCACAUGAGGGAUUUCCUUUAAGAUUGGGCCCUAGAUGAGUUUUCUCCAUAACCGACCACUCAAACUUGUGAUUAAGUAUCUGAUUUGACCAUUCCAACUGGUCUUCUCGAGACAAAACAAGUCAAAAGUAUAGAUUGGAAUUAUAAUAGUUUUUAUCGGGACUUCUAUCAUUAUCACCAGAAUGGCAUAUCUUACCAUGAUAAAUUUUUCAGUCCAUAUCGCCCAUCCCUACCAUCACAGUAUUUUGAAGCUUUCAUGUUUUUGAAGUUUGACAAAUGUUGUUUAAAGUUCUCAUGCUCACUGGUAACAACCAGUGCAUCUCUUUUCAUCCUGGAGAAGUGUGGUUUUGGAAAGUAUUUUUGAUCAACUUCACAAGUAUCCUGUGGCAGCACUGAUCAAUAAUUUCUGACAAGCAUCCCUGCUUAAACACUCAUUUAUGAUUUUGUCAUGCCCAUUUCUAACUUCCUCUUCUUCCUCAUGUUAUUGUCUCCCCUCAGCUACACAUCAGAGUUAUUCUAUGAUGGGAAGUUAAUGGCAAGUGGGAAACAGCCCUCCCAUAAAGACUUUUAUCCUCUGACCUUCUUCACGGCCAGAGGAGAGGACGUUCAGGAGAAGAACAGCACUGCCUACUAUAACAACGCUGAGGUACGAACACAAAGAUGAUUUUCUUAUUUAUACCAAGAGAGUAAUUCGUUGUUUUCUUGGUUUUCAUGUUGAAAUAAUAACACAAUCAUCCAACCCCUAAAUUCCACCUGAUCCAUGUCUGAUUCAUCUCCACUCAGCAGGGGCAGAGGAUCAGAUUUUACUUUAGUGUGGCUCCACUGCAUUGUGUUUCUGUUCUUUUUUUUACCUCUUGCAGUCCCUCAGCAGCAGACUUUUAUUUUUGCCAGAUUCCCAGUACACCACACAUCCCUAAGACAACAAAAAAUAUCUGGUUUCUUUCAAAACUAAACUCUCUGUGUCGACGCCACACCGUGUUUCACUGAACUGCACCAACAAAUUGAUCAGGUCUGGCUGCGCUCACUAUGACAGAGGUUUCUUAGAGCUCAUUAUGAGGUAGAAAAUCACUGAUCCUGUUCUUAAUGUGAGAAAUCUUUAGUUUCAUGUCUUCAGAUGUCUGCAGACGCACCUCUGUGUUGCAUCGACAUGAAAUUUAGAUCUUUCUUAAGGGUGGAAUACUGCUGACUGAGUGUCUCUGUAAAAGCAAACAUUAGUGUUUAAUUGCAAAAUUACCAUAAACUGGGGCGCUCAAUAAUCAUGAUUGAAGAUGAAACCCAUAAAUAUCAUAAGGAGACCAUCAUAACCACAUGUGACAACCUCCUCAACAAUACUUGCCUUUGAUUGGUCACUCGGAGGCCUCAGUUGGAUGUGGUUAUCGUCUGUGUCCGACUGCUGACCUUUUGCUGUCAUGGUCCGGCAAAUCAAGCCCAAGAACCAAUCCAGAUUUUCUCCUAAACUGUCAGCAGUGCCAAACAGAUUAACCAAAGGUGUGUUUGAUACAGCAUCCAUGUCAUCAAACCGUUCACAGCAUAAUCGUAAUCAGUGUGAAUAACACUGCAAUAAGAGAUCUGUAACUGUUUGGUGCGGGUGUCUUUGACAGGUUAGAUGACGAGGCUCAGACAGUAAACCAAACUGCUUAUAUGCUGUAACAUACCAACUCUUCUUUUAUUCAUUAAACUCAUGAAAUGAUUUCUUAUUUUUAAUGUUGGGAGUUUAGACCUUCGGGGGGAAAAAACGAGUAUUUCUUUGGUCAAGUUUUUGUUUAUUUUUUCUCAGGACAUUUACUUGAAUAAAGUCAGAGUUCUUGGCUUCCCCGCUACACAGAAACCCUCCUUUUUUCUAUAACUAUUGCCUUGCUCAUUUUUUAUGCUGACUGGUCUAAGCCUCAGAGCAAAACAGUUAUUUAACCUAAUUUAAGCAGCAGUGACACUUGGAAAAAACCACAAGUUAAAUCAAGUCCAAGUUUUCUGAUUUCAACAGCUGACAGAAGGUGAGGAGAGACUGCGAUUAAUCUUCAAAAGCACUAGGAGUGAAAGAGUGAAAGAGACGCAGACGAAGAAAACAGACACAAAGAAACCUCAAACUUUAAUACAGUAAAUCACAAAAGGACCAAGAACCCACCACCACCUUGCCCUGUCUAUCUAUUAUUUUGUAUAACUUCCUGCUCUCUGUAUACUGUCCCUCACAAAUCGUGUCCCCCCUGUGUGAAGAGGACACUGAUUUUAAUCUUUUGUCUCCUUUUUGUCUCACGUUUCUUCUUUCUCUCUCAGGUGUUUGAAAUCGUGGAGCGGGUGGAGGAGCUGCGGAAAAAGUGGCCGGUGGCAUGGGGCAAGCUGGACGAGGGCAGCAUUGGAGUGGUGUCUCCGUACGCUGACCAGGUUUUCCGCAUUCGAGCAGAACUUCGAAAGAAGAGGAUGCACGAAGUCAGCGUGGAAAGAGUGCUAAAUGUCCAAGGUGAGAGAAAGUGUUCGUACGUCCACAUAAAUAAAGAGGGAAAACAGGAGCUACAUUGACGUACGGGAUGAAUAUUUCAAGAAACUUGUGCUUUGCAUCACACAUUAAUAAUUGACAAAUCAUAGAUAAUUUAAAGCCAUUUUUUUCUGUGUUGAAGAUGUUUAUCAUAAUAAUUCACCAAAGAAGACGUAAAUGAUUCCAUUAAAGCAGCUGCAGUUAAAAUACCGUUUUUAUAAAUCCUCCAGUCUCUCAUUAAUAAUACUCCGUGACUCUUGUCUCACACAUUUCUGUGUAUGAGAUGAUACAAGUCUCUUUAUUCAGUCAUGGUGUUGCUUUAAAUGAAGACAAGUCCCCUGCUGUCUUCCACUCAGUUUACAGUUUCCCUUCAUGUCACCCAGUCUUAGUGCAGAGGACCGGAUGAGUGAGUCUUUUUUCCCCCUCAGUCUCUUCUCUGCUUCAGCGUCAUGCACUUCUCUUGCAUCCAGCUGCUUUCCACCGGUCAUUAACUUCCUUCAUUAAUUACAGAUGAAAUGUGAGGACACAUGCGUAUAUGUGUGAACACACUCACAAAUAAGGAAGGUUGUGCUUCAGUUUUAAACUUAACACAAGUGCGGAUGAUAUUUGUUAAUGUGUUCUGUCAACAGCCUCUGGAGCUGUGAGAGUGUUAAAUUACUGAUUACCACUAGAACUGAUUUAUUUAUAUAUUUUCGUCCAAUUUGGCUUCCUUCUUUUAUUUAUGGGAACACUUAAGUCUGAGCGACCAAAAAAAAAAAACAGCAUGCUAAUGAUUUUGGCUCCAAAAUUCACUGAGAAAAUCAAAGUUUAUCGAGAGUUUAAGUUUUUUUUGCUCAUUUCUAAGUCAGAGAGCGAUGUCCUUAAAAGUGUUUGCCCCAAGCUAACCUCUGCAGUGUGAAAUUUUAGUGCACCGCUACUGAAAUUUCAGACGAUCAUUAAUAUCAAUGCACCACUAAUGAUUUCUACUCGCACUAUGUGAGCACAAUAACACACAAUGUUAUUGUCGACUUGUUUCGAGUCAUCAACAAGUGCAUCAAACCCUGUCCGACCCUCCUCCAUCAAUAUGAAGGGUAAUGAUGAAGCUCAUACAUGGUCUAUAUCGCGAGUAGUGCGGGUAACGUAACGUAACAGCAUAGCUCCUUGAGCGGCAAGAGAGUGAGGGUAAAACUCACGGACACAGCAGAAAAAAAUUCUAGGGGAAAAGUGCUCUGUCUUUUCUGUGUCUCUAAAUGAGCAAAAUUCAAACCUAACAUAGGUCCUUGGAUGUUUAAUUUUCCCAUGUUACUACCUUUUAGAGCACCACAACACCUAAAACUACAUUUUGCGUGCAGGUAAACAGUUCCGGGUGCUGUUCCUGAGCACAGUGCGGACGCGGCACACCUGCAAGCACAAACAGACAGCCAUCAAACGCAAAGAGCAGCUGGUGGAGGACUCGACAGAGGACCUGGACUAUGGAUUCCUCUCCAACUACAAGCUUCUCAACACAGCCAUCACCAGAGCACAGUCCCUGGUUGCAGUUGUGGGAGACCCCAUAGCACUCUGUUCUGUGGGGCGCUGCAGGUAAAUACAUCUGCUUUGACUCGACAGUAAAUCACUGAAUGAGAUUUUUUGUUAUUCUUGAUGACCGUUCAGAGCCGUAACCUGCAACCUGAGAGUGACACUGUCCAUCUCUCUGACUCCUUUUGAAUGACAUGCCAGGUCUUUUGUAGAUGUGGUUACUUUCAUAUGUCUGAGUCAUAUGCCAAGUGUGGAUUUAUUUCAAUAAUUUUUAUUCUUGUUGCGCCCUGUGUUGUUUCACUUGUGUUAAUCUGCUGCUCAUUUGCCCCCUUAGUUAUAAAUUCCCCCUUUCUUGGCAUGCUCAGACGUGCCCUGUCCUCAUUUCCCUCCCCUCUCCUACCUUUCAUAAAUGCCUUUCCCAGCAGAGAUUUUAUUUUCUCUAACUCAGCUCCCAGGGGGUAAUUUGUUGCCCACCCCAGCAGCAAAACAAAAAACAACUUGAACCAUGGACCCCCCAUCCAAACAAGUCAUGAUAGAGAGGUUCAACUUGUCUCUAAUUGUCGUCUUCUCUUGUUGCCCCAUUGCAGAAAAUUCUGGGAGCAUUUUGUCUCCAUCUGCCACGAGAACUCGAGCCUACAUGGCAUCACCUUUGAGCAGAUCAAGGCUCAGCUGGAGGCUCUGGAGCUCAAAAAGACCUACGUCCUGAACCCGCUGGCCCCCGAGUUCAUCCCCCGUGCCCUCAGGCCCCUGCAAGGGCACCACUCUUCGUCGCAGGCCCUCCAUCCCCACCACCAUCCUCAUCCUCAGCACGGACAGCCCACCUCCAACAAGCAGGGCCCGCAGCAGCAGCAGACACAGCAGCAGCAGUCACCUCCUAAAGUAAGUUACUAUAUGAAGUGGCUUUUAAAGACUUAAUAAUACAAAUCAAGGAGGGCUAGUUUUAAUGGAUUCUUCCUUGUGUAGCAUAAAAUCUCAAAUUAAGAGUGGGAUAUACUUUCAUAGGAAAGUGGAACGGAGAAGUAAGUGAGACAUAAGAAACACUGACAAAAACAUGGAGUAAAAGAUGUUUUAAAAUGUUUUGUCCUCUCUUUCUAUAACAUUAAGUGGAAAAAUGAUAAAAGCCUUACAUGAAAUUACUGAUAUAACUCGACACAAAAAAAAAAAACUAUAUCACAGGUUUUUUCGAGGAGGCUGUGUUGUCUGAUUGUUUGGCUCGCACAGAGGUUGUGUGUCUGUCUGGUUUCCCUCGCCUGCCUUGAGGUGAAGGUUAACGAAAUCAGCCCAGCUGCCAACCUGCUGCCAUUACCCACUGAGCCUAAUGAGCCGCAGCUUCGCAGCAUCAGGCAGUCCAUGUACACGCACUUCCGCACUUUAUCUCUCUCUUUUAUACAGUCUACAGCCACACAGCAUACAUACAUAUAUGCUGGUAUCAGACUGGAUAAAUAUCUUGUAAUAUAUAGUAUUCCAUCUUCAGCUUUUACUGUAAAACGGUAUAUAUGCUGAAGAUGGCAUACUACAUCUUGGAAAAUUAUACUUAACUGCAACACUACAUCUCUAUCUGCUUAUUGAAAACUUUCUUUUUUCACAGCGCAUACUUUCAAAAGCCUCAAUUAUUAUAUAAAACUGCUAAAGAUGCACAAUUACUUUCAUGUCCAAUGGCAGAUAACACUGAGUUCCAGGCGUAGUUAGAGUUACAUUUGGAUCAUAAAAAACACAAAGCAUGCAAAGAUUUAAUGCAGAUGCUACAUGCUCCAGUUGACUCCAUCAUGUGGAGUUCUGCCUUCUGACACAGAUGGUGUUUUGGUGGAGUAUGCAAGACUGUGACACAAAAUAUGCUGCACAUUAAAAAGUCAUUUGACGUUCAGCUUAAACACACUGUCAUGUUAGUUUGAUUCGGUAAAGAGGAUAUGCAAGUGUACAGCUUUUACAUAAAGCUGGUAUCUGUCCAACACUUUCGUAAGUGUAUGUCGCACCAUAAAAAAGAACUUUAUGGCUUUUCUAUUUUUUAUUUCCAACAUCUACAACACAUCAACACUUGUCUGUCAGGUGUAAUGUACCAUGAGGAGUCAUACUGUUGCUGCUGUAUUUUGACAUUGAAUUUGACAUUCAUUUGAGCAAAGUGGAGCAAGUUUCUCUUUUUUUCUUUUUUUUGUUUUAUCUGCUUUGUGUAAACAACCCAACAUCUCAAAUGCCAACAUCAAGCCAGUGGAUGGUCACCUAGAGUUCGAAUAAUCAAGUAAACAACGCUUUUCAUUCUCAGCAGACCUCUGCUGUGUGAAAAACUUCAUAGUACGAAACAAACACCUUAAGAUGAAACUCUGCAGCAACACAUCUGUAACCAUAUCAAAUGUCUAGAUAAAGACAGCUCUCUUGAAUAUCAACAGCACUGAUCAGUAUUAGCAUAGUGGUUCCCAUCAAUAUCUUCCCCUCAAGUGAAGCACACCCUCUCUCUUCUUUCCACCCUCAACCACAAUGACAUUGACAGACUGCGUGCUUCAGUCCAACCACUAAAAGAAAGUACAUUUUUAUGUUCACUUGCCUGUAAGAAUUAAUAAUACACCAGAUAGAUAGUGUGCGGAUGCACCCCGACAUGACUUCUUGUGCUCAGGUACUUAAAUUCAAACAUGAGUUUGUCAACAUUGAUCAGGAUCCAGUUCAGUCUGUCCCUCUGCACACACAGAGUGGAUGGACUUGUGUCAUAAAAUCACUAGGAGAAAGAGAUUUUGUCAAACUUUUAUCUAUGGUUAUGGGUGAGGAAUGUGCUCUAAGGCGACUCUUGGAUACUUUAGGAGAUUAGAUUUAAGGGAGUAUGUUUUUCCAGUGGGGCGAUUAGCAGGCUGGACCGAGGGGGAACUUCCUGGUACUCUCUAUGGCCAGUUUGGUCUUUGCUGGUUGUGUGUUUUUGGAAUUAUCAAGCCCACGUUAUAACCACAGUGAAUACAGUUCUCUAUAGUUACUGUACUUUUGUGUUUUCCACACAUUCAUGCGCCAUCGUUCACUCGAUUAUGUCUAUUUGGCCUCUUGUUUUUCACGGCUCAUUAAAAGAUAUAUUUCUGUCUAACAGGGAAAACAUGCAAACCACACAGAGCACCUCCCACCCGAAGGAUAUGGUAAGUGGAUCUACUGCUAAUAUUUACAGCUAAUACCCAUUGAAUCUUUUUACUGCCUAAAAUUCUGGUUAUGUAUCCUGGUUGUUACUUAACGAAUGUUAAAAGGACAGUUUAAUAACACUAAGAUGGAUGUAUGGAGGUCAGAGGCUAUUGAAGCCAUUAAAGCAAAACAGCCUUAAAAAAAAACAGCAAGCAGCAGAUAAUACUGUGCUUACAAGAAGAAGACAGUAAGGACCUCUUCACCUCAUGCACAGAUUAAUCCGGGUUUGCCUGUUAGCUGUUUACAUUUUGUCAUUGGCUUUUAUUGAGCCACACAUCCCUACAAUCCUACAACAUAUGAUAUUUGAAUCAGAGCUGCUCAUGCCUUGUAUCUCAUAUGAAGCACCAUUUAGAGUUUCUUUUGUGUCACCAUUUCUCAUUACAGUCCAACCAAACCCCGCUAUGCUGAUGGGAAACCCAAUCAGGGCGUUCACACCGCCCUUGGGUGGCACACCAGCUGGCAUUUGCAAGUCCCCAAGUCCUGUUCAGAGGAUCGAUCCCCACACAGGUGCCAGUAUCCUGUAUGUCCCAGCUGUAUACGGUGGAAACAUGGUCAUGUCCAUGCCCCUGCCUGUAAGUUUUGCUACUUCUGGUAAAAAAAAAGUCGGAUACAUUUGUAAAGCUGUAUACUCUUUAUUUUGUGUUUCAACAUUUUCUUAUUUAGACAUGGCUCACUCAGAGAAGAGACAAAUGUAGAGAGUAAAAGUGUAGAGAGUAAAAAUGUGCAUAUUUGAUCAAAAAUCACAUUUCUUUCUAUUGUGAAAUCAAUCAACAAUUAUGUAUACCUCUAAUGUGUUGUUAGUAGGGAUGUCAUGAUUCUACAAAUCCUCGAUUUGAUUCAGUUUUCGAUUUUAGGGUCACGAUUUCAUUCUCAAUUCUUGUUGUUUUCUUACAACACAGAGGCCUAUGCCAUUUUUAGACCAGUCUAGUCUACGAUCAUUGGUUUUAUUUAUUACAUUUUGGUCAAAUUUAAAUAAUUUAUUUAACAAUCUUGUUUUCAGUAAAGUGAAAACAACAAAAACAAACAUAACAACAAAAAUGAGAACUCAAAGAGGCUCACGUCAGCUACAAUGUGCGGCGUGGUCAUUUGCUUCCGCUUUGCACACUGUCCCGGACGUGGAGGGAGGGGAUAGUAGAUCCUCUCUUUGAUUUCGAUCAUUAAGACCAUGACAUAAUUUUGAUCAAUUUAAAAAAAAAAUAAAAAUCAAGACACUCCUAGUUGUUAGCUCUUCUGCUGUAAGUGGGAACUCAAGCCCAUGCUGGAGAUGGCAGUAUGUGGUUUGUGCUUUGUGGUGGUGUUUUGAGCGAUAACCCUUAAAUCUGUGUCCUUUCUUAAGUUGCCCUGGCCUGGUUACCAGAACCGCUUCGCUGUAGAUCCUCGCAUCAUGAACCAUCCAGCAGCCAUGGCCUACAACUUCAACCUGCUGCAGGCCCAGAACCGGGGCUCCCCGAUCCCUUACAGCGGGAUGGCCCACCCCUCUCCUCUUGGGAUCGGCCAGCCGAGCCCUGACAAGGAGCUACAAGCAGACCCAAUCAGAAACGGUGUGUUUUGUUUUUAACACUGUGUCAAGCAACUCAUCCAAAUCUCAAAUUUCUGUAUUUUAAUUUCAUCAUAAAGAAACAAAUAGAUGACUAGACAUAUAUUGAUAAGGUGGUUUUGAUGACUUUUUAGGUAAAAUAGAAGGUUGUCCAAAGUCUGAACAGAGUCGUCUUCAGACACCAGAGAGGAAAACAGCAGACAUGAAGGAAAAACAAGUAAGUAGUUGACAUUCAAGUUUAUUUUUGAAUGAAUCAAAACUUACCUUGGACCCACAUUAACAUGCACUUCAAUGUUUGGUUCAAAUUUGUCUCGUUCUUCUCUAUUCUAGGGAGAUUUGGACACUGGUCAAGGUCGUUGUCUCGACUCAGAAGGGCUUGUUGGAUUCCCAAAUGCACUUCUCCAUCGAAAAGAUCCCUCAGCUGCCCAAAGAUCCCUCAACUACCACCUCGCACCCCCAAACCCAGCUUUUCCUCCACACCCUGCCAGUGGAAGAGCCUUCCCUCCUCAGUACCCCCUCUCAAGGCUUCCUUACCGGGUCGGCCAGCCUCAGCACCCAGGGAUGACCCCACAGAGCCAACAACAACAACAACAACAGCAGCAGCAGCAGCUCAGCCCCGGCUAUGGCAGUGGCAGCCACAACGCUUCCUUCUUCAGUGGCCCUUUACCUCCUCACAGGGCUGUCCAGUCCCCCACUCUGGAUGGGCCGGAGUCUGGAGGGAUGGACGAGAUGAGUAGCUCCAUUAGGACUCCAAUGGGACAAGCAGGGGCCCACCACCCAGUGAUGUCACAGCAUAACAGGGUCAACAGCUUUGGGGAGGAAGGGCAGGAUGGGAACCUUGGAGAUAGUCUGGGUAAGUGUAGCUUUAUUUUUUUUUGUCGUCUGUUUGAUGAGCAGGAACUGUAGAAAUAUCUUUGAUUUCAAAUAAGGAAUUCUAAGACACUGUGACUUAUGUCUUUCUUAUUAAUCAGUUGACUGAUUUCACAAAUUGUUGCUGAAACUACAAAGAGAAGAAAAAAGAGUGACGGUGCAGACAAAAUUAAUCUUUACUUAAUUACUGUUGUCACUUUUAUCUUCGCCAAAGUAAGUUUUUUUUUGUUCUCAGCUCAAACCUUUGAUGUAUUAUGAAGGCUGUAGAUAGAGUAGCAUCAUAUAUAAACAUAAAAGGCAGGACUAAAUCAAAGCAAAUGUCUCCCACCACGGCGUCUGUGAAAACUUUUCAUGUUUGACAGGCUUUGACUGAGACUUUUCAAGACCCGCACGUGUUACCCAUGUCUGUGGUUGUUGUCAGGCAAAGGUUGCACCUUCUUUUAGUGCCUCAUGUCUGUGUAGGGUGCCCCUGGGCAUCUGGUGGAAAUGUGCCACAUAGUUUAUAAACAUGACGUGCGUGUAUUCAGAGAAAGCUUUGUAGGCUCAACAGGGUAUCAGACUGCGUCAGUAGGCAAAAUAAUCCAGUGUGGUUUGAUACCAGGAGAAUGACUGUCACUCAAAGAGACAGUCAGACUCAAUGAUCCUCAACUCCUCUCUUCCUGUUUAACCCUCUUCUUGUCUUAACCCUUUCUCUGCAUUGUAAGACAGCUUUGGUAAGAUGCUUUUCAGAAAACUUUCCUUUUAAUACUUAGAAUAUCAAUCUUUGUUACCCUCCACUUUGUUGUCUUCAUAAAUACUUGAACAAAUAAAAUAAAAAUUAUGACAGAGUAUUAGGGCCACAUUAAGAAAAUUAAGACUUCGAGAUUAAAGUCAUUACUUACGAGAAUGAAGUCGUAGGAAAAUCAUUACUUAUGAGAAUAAAUUUAUAAUAAAAUUAUUACUUAGGAGAAUGAAGUUGUAAAUUAAAGUCUUAAAUCUGCUUUUGUGGAGGAGGAAAUGGCUGGAACUGGUCAACUGCAGAGUUAUCAGAGGGUGCAUUAGCAGGCCUUUUAGAGGGCUCUUGUGGUUUCUUAAGAAACAAUCUAAUUGGUGAACAACAUUUGUGAUUCAGAGGGAGUCAAGCUCCGAUGAGCACCGUGUCUGUCUGUGAUGCAGACACAACACCGGCAACAACCUACACCUGCAGAGGCACCAACACGUUAUGGCAUAUAGAGUCAUACGAUAAACUAAAGCCCUAUGCUAUUGCUAUAAACGGCUGCAUUGAGGGAUUUAGCUUCUGCACAGCCAUAUCCAGUCAUUUCCUCCUCCGUAAAAACAGCGAUUCCCUACAAGUCCGCCUGGUUCUUUCUGCAGAAAAGAUGCAUUUCUUGCAUUUGUCCUGAUACUUAUGACAAUGUGAUGCUGAAACACCAAAGAAUUUAUCUCAGUUCAGUUCAUCUAAAUGCUCCACAGCGCUCAUUUAAACAACUAACAGGUUAGAACAGCUAUUAACCACGACUUUACUCUUGUAAGUUACUACGAAGACUACAUUUUUUUUUCUAAAUGUGGCCAUAAUACUCCGUUGCAAUAUUUUGAUAAAAAAUAAUUCAAUUUGAAUUUGAAUAUUUUAUCACAAGAUGUGUUCGUUUUUCUCUAAAUCAUAUUUUAUCAAACAUGAAACUCUUCAAAUCAUAAUAAAUUGUUGGAUGCCUCUUGUGAUUUUUAAGCUGUCACUGGUUAUUUAUAAUCAAUUACUUUACUAUAUUGUUUUGUCAUGUUGAUUACUUCACCAGCGACUCUAAAACUAGUAUUGUGGUUUAACCUUUCAGACCUCCAGGGUUCCUUGGCUCUCGAGGCCCUGAGCCAGCAGCAGCAGCAGCAGGCAGCCAGGGUGGGUCAGUGGGGGGAGGCAGCAGGACCUUUUCUCCCGAGCAGCGUUGCCUUCCCUCUACCGCAACAACUCGCCCAUCUCGCUCAGCCCAGCAUGGCCCGCUUCCCCCAUCAGCUGCUCCGGGCAGCCAGCUGGGGUCUUAGUGCCAACAUGGAGGAUGAGGGUGUCACUUCUGCCUCCACUGGGCCACCCUACACCAGGUCAGACCAAAACCAUUGUGCCCUAAUUUUUCAUUUCAUUCAUGUUAGGCACUUUUUAUAAUAGUAUGGUGUUACUUUCUGCUGUUUCCAUGUAAAAUUCAAAGUUAAAAGCUAAAUUUGAUUUCCCAGGUACCCGGGCCUCCUGAGAGAGAUGCCCCCACAGGAUCAGUCCGAACCCAGAGAAGCAGCUGAGAUGCAGCCCCCGCCUCAGUCUCGUCUCCUCCAGUACCGCCAGUCCCAAUCCCGUGCCUCAGGAGAUCCUUCAUCCUCUUUAGCCGCAAACUCCAAUCAUGCUGGGCCCUUUCCAUCGGGACCUUAUUCCCACGACACCAGCCGGGAUCUUCUAAAUGACAACCUUCUCAACAACCCUGCCCUGCAGCAGCAGCAGCAGCAACAUCCAGGGAACCCCCUGUACAACACUGGUAGCUACUCACACCAGCCACCAGCCCACCCUGCCAGCCCCCCUCCCUCCCAGGUUAAGUACCUCCUCCAAGAGGCCCAGUGGUCUCACAGUGGAGCUGCAGCAGUGAGCCCAACGCAGCAGAACCAUUUGCUAGGGAACCAGGGCCACAGUCUUCCUUAUGGACUGCCCAUUAUGGCUCACCCAAGCAGGCAGGAGCAAGUCCACCUGAUGCAACUCCACCAUCAGCACCAGCAGCAGCAGCAGCAGCAGCAGCAGCAACAACAACAACAACAACAACAACAACAACAGCAGCAGCAGCAGCAGCAGCAACAACAACAACAACAUCACCACCAACAAGGUCAAGGUCUAGACCAAGAGUCUUUUCACCCGCUUUCCCCUAGAGCAUCAGCAGCCACAGCCCUUCACAAUGUAGAUGAGGUAGGGGUUAUUGAUUUUUUGUCUUUUUUAACAGGGUAUUGUCAAAAACGAGUGAUUUUAAAUACUCAUGUACUCUUGUCUGCUUGUGCAGUAUGAACCCAGAGGUCCAGGACGGCCCCUCUACCAACGCCGCAUCUCCUCCAGCUACCCAGACGACGCACCCUCAGCCAACACCCACAACGCCCUCUCCCAGCAGACCCAGUCCUGUCCAUCAGACCCCCCGGACCACCCUCAUCCACACAUGCAGCAUCAUCAGCACCCUCAUGGCCCUUAUGGUUACUCCUCACACGAUCUCUGGCCAAGUAAUGGUGGAGGUCCCGCUCCGUUCCAGAACAUUCCAUGUAACGGAGCGGGCACACUAGCUCAGCACCGGGAUCUUAUGGGUAAAUAUUGACACAACAUGCUGUUCUUGUGCUUUAAAUUAGGUUAUCUUUACAGCCAAAUUAGGUUAGCAGUUUUUAUGUUAUGGUUACCUACCUUUUAAUUGUCUUUCUUAUAACUUCACUGUCGUAUAACCUUUUCUCCCUCCUGGGUCCUGCAGCAACGAAGGCCCUUCGUCAAACAGAGGAGCAGUUGAAGGCAGAGGCCACGGCAGCACAGCAGACCCACCCUCACUCUCUCAACUCCCUUCAGCACCUUGGACAGUUCCCUCCUCUCAUGCCCAACAACAAGCAGCAGCAGCAGCAGCAGCAGCAGCCGCCACCGCCGCCGCCGCCACCACAGGCUCCCACAGAGGCUGUCCAAGGGCCCCCGAAUCUGAGCAAACCACCUACCAUGUCCUAUGCCAGUGCCCUCCGCGCUCCACCCAAACCCCGAGCUGUUCGCCCCGAUCAGGCCAAAAAGAACAGCGACCCUCUCUCCCUCCUGCAAGAGCUGAGUAUAGGAAGUUCAAAUGGUAGCAAUGGUUACUAUUCCUAUUUUAAAUGAGUGUCCCUUCUCCUAUAAUAAUUAAGUGAUAAAAAAAACUAAAACGAUACAAAAAAGAGCAAAACUGUUUUUAAAAACACAAAAAAAUAGUGCAAAGUGCAUUUACAAAUUGUUUCUAUCAGUAGGUUUGUUUUCUGCAUUUUGUUUCAUUUUAACUUUUUAUUUGUAACGGUCAUCUUUUAUCCUGUUUCACAUAUCUGUGAAGAAAAUAAGUAUAUAUAAUGACUGCAUUACUGGUAUAUAUACAUACUCAUUAUGUAUAUAUGAAUAUAUACUUAUAUUAUCGACACUUGUAUAUGUACGUAAUGCUAAAAAAAAGUUUAAAAAAAUAAAUAAAAAAGGCAAAAGUCAGUUGACCACUUAGCUACCUGCAAAUUUUUUCCUUCUCGAAGUUGCUUUUGUUGGUUACUUAAGUAUGUUGAAGUUUUUGCCAUUUUGUAUUCUUCUGUUUUGAGUGGAAUUUUUGUCUUGAUUUUCAUAUUACUGUAGUCGUGGUAACAGACAAAAGCUAAGUGGUCAACUGACACAGAAACUACAUGGAACAGUGUAUAGAAGUAGAUAAAAUUUUUCCUCUAAUCUGUACAUAUAAAGAAAAUAAAAGACUGAAUUGUAUGCCACAGACAUGUCCUUAAAUUCCUAUAUCAUGCUUGCAUUUGCAUUAUAGAUUCUUUUCUGUUUUGUUUUUUGUUUUUUUGUUUUUUUUCACUUCUUAACCUUUUAUCCCUAGACAUCCUUACCUGGGAAUCAUCUUGGUGAUUAAUAGUGAAUGUGAUUAUUUACUAAAAAUAACGAUACAAAUAUUGAUAGGAUAUUUUAACUUAAUUUCUUUUGCAUCAACAACAAUAGAUCAAGUGUUUUAUCGUCAGAACAGCUACAACCAUGUCAUUCCUCGUUUGUUUAAAGGAUCAAGAAACACCAGCCAUUUUCAAUUUCUGCUUCCCCUGUGCCCACGCUCGGUCAUUUACUUUUAUUUCUUUUCUUUUAUUUUGUGUCAGCUACAUCUUAAGCAGAGGAAGUUCUUUCUAUAACUUCUGGAGGUUUUAAAAUUGUGUUUGUUUGUUUUUUUUUUAGUCACUAAUGAACUUGAGCUUUUCUGAAAGGGUUGCGGUACUCUGAGGGUUUGUGAAAGUGAAAAGAGUGAUGUUGGUCAAAGUGGUGUGUCAUGAUGGGUAAGUUGAAAUGAGAGUUCGAUGAUGAACACUGUCAGUCACAUUUUUGAACAAGCUUUUUUUAUAUUAAGAAACUGAAUAAAACCUGAAGCAUCUAGAAACUGUGAAUUAAACUCGAUACCCUGACAUUUGAAAAUACUCCAGGUUGGUUUGCCGACCAACCAGGUUGGUUGGUCUGGUUUGCCAAAGUUUUCAGCUCUUUGUGUAAUUGGUCACUGAUGUAAACAGCACUCUGUGCAUUGGUAUAAUCCAUGCUCUUACAUAGUGUAGGUCUCACUGUUAGCUCUGUUUCUCUGUCAGACAAUCUUUAUCUUAAUGAUCUCUAUAGUAAGCUGUAUUCACUUGUGAUUUUACAGGCUGUUACGUGCCUGAACUACCACCAGGGGAUUGGUCAGAAUAUCAUAUUUUCUUAUUGCAGGGUAUUAAAAGUGAACAAUAACAUUGCUUCAAGUCACUUCAAAAGGGCUGUUCAAAGAUGUGAAACUGUUCAUGUGUCUGUUUAUGAAGAAUGAACUGGUGAUAUGGAAACUGUUCUCAGUCAUUUAGAAGAUUCAAACAACCUCGUUAUCCAGUCUGAUCUGGCAUACAAAUAUGGAAGCGGUAGGAGAAUCCCAUUUCUCUGACGUUAAAUCGAAAAGGACUGACCAUGAGUUUAUCCUGCUUAAUUUAUGAAAUCCUGAUGAUUAAAAUGCUUUUUAAUGAAUAUAUGAAAGAUGAUCAUAUAUUUGAGCUACCGGUUUUUCCUCAAAUCUAAAAGCAUAACUGGAAAAAGUCAUACGUUGUUAGUAUUUGUAAUUCAUCCAUCGUCAAAACAGCUUCAAAUGUGAAAAAAAGAGCUCAUUCUGCAUUGUCAUGCUUUAAUAAAACAAUUAAACCUCUUUAAAAGUCACUUUCAUUGAAAGCUGAUUUCCCCAUUGAUAAUGAAUAAUGUAGGUCUGUUUUCAACAGUCAGCCGAGAGCUUCAUUCAGCUAUGCUUUGAUUAUCUUUUCAGGCAUGGUUACUCAAGAGGUCCAGAUUUUUUGACUUAGCGGAGAACAACAUACUUGUAAAUAUGCAUUUUCUAGAUAUUUACAAACAAGAACUUUGGGAGCGCCUCAAUUUUGUAGAAGCUGUUCAAAGAAGAGGUUUGCCCUUUUUAAUUAUGCAAAUUCACAAAAAAUAUGAUUCUGGAAAUGGACAACUACAUACCAGGUGGUAGUUGCAACAUCUUGUAACUUUUUAUUGUUUUUGUUGGUUUGUUUUUAAAGAUGGUGUCUGGCUGAUUUGACAAGGAGGAGACUUUAUGUUGCAGCUGUUAAAGGAAAACUGAUUUCACUGUACAAUACAUUUUUUUCAGUGAUUGUUGCUGGAUUUGUCCUGUUCUGUUUUCUUACCAUUUCAUGGCUGUACAACAAUCAACAUGGAGGUUCUUUGUUUUUGUUAUGUUUUUUUUUUUUUUUUUUUUUUCUAUGUGAUGACUGUUCUUUUUCAUGCAUGUUGACAUGACCUGGCUUGUUUUUAUCCCUGUUUUUAUCAGUUUGUAUUGAUUUGUGGAUAAAAAAAAUAGAAAAAAAAACUUUUCUUCAACCUACAGAGUCAGAUUUUGGUAUAUUAUUUGAUGUGUACAAUAACUUGUGACAUUAUCAACAAAACUAUUAUAAUAUUUUACUAACAUGUCAAUCAAAUAUGUAAUGGUCAUGUAAGCUCUUUUUUUUUUCUGCAGUUACCUAGCAGGGCUAACGCUGAGGUUGCUCCCUGGUGUGUGUUGGAUUCGUAAAGCUUGUUUGGAGGGGAUCAGUUCACCACAAUGCUGCCUAAUCUGUCUUGGCUUAUCUCUGAAGUUGUGCAAUAUUAAUAUUCACCGCUUCUCCGGCUACUCUUUAUUUAUUUUUUUGGAAGCAGAAGAGAUUGAGCCAAAGACAUAUUUUAAAGGGACUUUAUUUUGAAAUUCUCAACAUUUGCUUCAUUGUUAAUCUUCAUCAUUUGUUUCCACAAUGAGUUUGAUCGAAUCUCUUCCAUGAGCUGAAGGGUUUCGACUCCUUUUAUGAAGUCGGUUUUACUUUCACUGCAUAUUGCGCCAUACAUCACUCCAUUAAUCCUUUUCUUAAUCAGAGGCGGCGUUGUCUCUGAGGAAAACAAGGCAAACCCUGUUAUGUGUGUGUCAAAUGGAAAGGGAGCAACCUUCUGCCCAGCCAGUAGAGAGCACUGUGUUCGGCCUUCUAUAAAUGACACAUCUUUACUGCCUGUUAUCUGUUUGCUCUCCUCUGUUCUCCCCCUCGCUGCAGUGAAUCAAUGGCACACCUGUUCUCCCAGCCUCCCACUUCCAUUGGUUCCUCCCUUGUGGGUACAAAAAUAAUGAAUAGAUCAGUUUUACUAUUCUUCCUUUCAAUUGGUGGUGGUUAUAAUAAAGGAUUAGACUGUGUUUCAAAGGUUUAUUUUCUUUUUUAUUUGUUUCUCUAUUAAAGUGUUUUUAUUGAAA